GAUGUCACCGGCUCAGUGGAGCUCGAGCAUCCUCCUUAGCAGAGGCAGGGAGACAACAGAGCCAUUUUGACCGCUUUUGGAGUGAAGAGAGGCGGACAAACAUCAAUAAACAACCAGCCGACCACUUCGACAUCAACACAGGGAGGAAAGGGAGGGAGGGUCGGUGAGUGAAAGGCACCGCCGUCCUUAGCUCGUCCCGUUUUCAUGGAGAGGAGAAGCUGUUAGCUGGGGGCAGAGCCAGACCCGGAGGAGACCAGAGGAGGUGGAAGGAUAUUAAAACCAAGACGAGCACGACAAACACGGUUUCUGAACAGGAGGGAGACGUUUCAGGCCCAGCAGAGGUCGGUGAACAGUAUUUUUUCUCUUCUUUUUCCAUUGUCACCGCUGGUUAUGCAGUUUUAAUGAGGCGGUCUUUAUUUACUUAGUGUUGAAUCUCCUGGGAAGAGAUGGGCAUAGGGUGCGGCCAUUGAAGAGGCUGUCAGUGUCGGUAAGAUACUUCUGUAGAGACAGAAGGACAUGAAAUCCUUUUCUUUUGACACUGUAUGGGUUGUCAUGUUAUUUUAAAGCUUUUAAAAUCGAGUACAUGUCAUUUAAUUGAAAUGAGAUGGACGAAAGGGAGAAAUGCCCUCUCAUUGGGCGUAAGGUGAACCACGGAACGUACUGCUACACCUGCUAAUUGAAAAAAUGUUAGGGAAUAACCUCUGAAAUAUAGCAUUACUGUAUUAUUAAAGCAAUAAAACUGAAAAUUUUAGCCGAAUAGUUUAAGAGCUGUAUGUCAGUGUUAUCCUGUUAAUGAUGGCAUAGCUGUCAUGUUCAUGUCUUUAAAAUAAAACAAUUUCUCAGACUGUCUCAUAGGUUAAAUUGUAUGAAAUUGUCGUCAUGCUCAUGCACAGACAGGCAGGGUAAAUUACAUUAGCCUUUGUCACCGGGAAAAUGGUGGCCGCCCAACUGAGCUUCAUCAUCAGCUGAUUGGUCUGGAGAUUACGGACACUGAUGUAGAUGGUGGAAAAACAAGUUAUCACGUAUUUUCCCACACGUGAAGAAUUAAAACAUCUUUUUAAAAGGAUUUUGAAUUUCAGUGGUGAAUGAUGAAAUAUCCUUAAGCUUGUGAAUUUCUUCUAAAGACAUGAAAACAUGAGUGAAUAAGACAUUAAACUUCUUAUUUUAAUCAGCUUUUUUUUUUUUUUAUCCUGGUAGACAUUAACUUUCAGUAGAGCUGCACCUAACUCGUCAUGAUCUAGUUUUUCCAUUAAAAUGAUGUCACUUGCACACAUUUCAAAUCUGAAAUUUGUGCAGUGUCAGCUUUUGAGGAUAUUCCAGGAAGUGGGGUGACACAGCAAAUUUACAACAAUCAAUUAUGAUGACAACCAUAUGAGUCACUAACUAUUGGAACAUACUCUCAAUACUAAUGUGAGUAUGUUUAAAAGACAUUGUUUGGGCAUAUUUCAGUUUAAAGAAAUGCUACUGUGCCUUAUUAAUAUGCAGUAAGUUUUGAUGUUUAUUAUGUUUACAGUCAAACCUGAAGGAUGCAGUGAAAGCUAAUUGUAACCUAUUGCUCACUGUUAAGGCUUAUUGAUAAAGGCAUUAAAUGGAGGUAAUCCAAUCUUAAUUUACGAUGAGUCAUGGUUGCUCCUGAUGCACCCACAAUGCCACCACACACUGAAUACACACACACACACACACACAGUGAUUUAAUGUUCAUGUGUGGUCUUUCAGGAGACAGUAUGAUGAGCUGCUAAAUGGAGCCAGACUCCGGAUUUGUGGCUGGUUUCAUUGCUUUUGUCAACCAGGGAAACAGCCUGACAUUUAGCUGCUGCUGCACUUCUUUUGUCACUACAAGCUUCAUUAUCCAGCCCUCUCUGCUGGCUGUAGCUGACCAUGCAUGGUCUUUUCAUGUUACAGCCACACAGCCCUACCCUGCUCUAUUGUGCCGAUUACCUCAACCAAUCAACCGUGGAGUGUAACAUUCAAACCUUGAAAGUUGUAACUCAAGUGUUGAAAUUAGCUUUGUAACCCUGUAACCUUAACCAUACAGCCUGCCACGAAUGACGGUAGAAUCAUUUGCAAAAGACAUAACUCGGAAAGAGACUUGUAAGAGGGACUUGUGUGUUUAGUCUAAUAAUGAUUAAAUAAAUAACCACUACUUGUGGGCAUCAGAAUUACAAGCUGCUUGAACUCAUUUGUUAUUUUAAGCCUGGAGCACUGGUCCGAUGUUGUGCCUAUCCUGUGGUACAGCCACCCAUCACUAGCUGGUGCUGUGUCUCUAGUUGAUUGUGCUUUAUUGCUCUGCGACAUAGAUGUAAACAAGCACAGAUGAGUAAUGGCAUCUUAUAGUGUGGCACAAAUUCACUGUUUUUGAUUUAGAAAAUAGAGGUGAAGUUAUGUCUGGUUAAAUAAGAGUAAAACCACUCGACUUGAGUAAUGAACCAGCAUAAGUGUUUAGAUCUGUGGUGGUUCUGGCUAACAUUAGCCCAUUUUUGGCAACAUUCUGUCACCAUGUUACACUGUGUUAUAUUUUUAUGAAUAUUUUCCACCUAAAGACUUUAGCUGUAUCACUUGUCUGCUUGUUGGAGUCUCAAAAUCUGUUUUCACCACAUGGAGCACAAUCUUUUUGGUACAUCUUUAGUUAAACCAGGGAUACCCAAGAUGACCAUUCGGAUUAAUGUAAUGUCUUCAUGUUUUCAAAACGAACUCUUUUUCCAGAAUGUUUACAAAGGUUAAAAAAAUUGCAGUUUUCAUAGAUUGUGUUGAUUCAUCGCCACUGUAUGAUACCACAAGUACAACUUUCUUCUAAUUUUUCUUUGUAAUUUUAUUUUCAAGGAAUGAUUUGUACUUUGGAGCCUGGUUGCUGUAUGUGCAGGAUAAUGGAGAAAUAGUAGAGGGGCAGAUUUGAUUGUGUGUGAGAGUAGAUAUUGUUAUUAGUCAUAUAUUUUGCUUUUAUUUCACAAUUUAAAACUGUGAGUCAACUAGAAUGAUAAAAUUUUAAUGAGAGAAAUAAUGUGUUGUGACUUAACAACACUCUGUCUUAGUGAAAAGAGAAUUGAAAAAUAAUUUCAUUUGCAUGUGAACUAACUCAUACUCAUGAAUUCUAUUAAUCAGGACUUACUCUGUGCUCCCUCUGCAGACUUAAGGAAGCCACCCCGAGGUGCUAAGAAGACAGCACCAUGGCAGGGGCCUCUGUGAAGGUGGCGGUGCGUGUCCGCCCCUUCAAUUCAAGGGAGACUGGAAAAGAAAGCAAAUGCAUCAUUCAGAUGUCUGGAAACACCACCAGUAAGUAAUCGUAUUAACUCACCAUAAGUCUAUUUAUAUGUGUCCUGUGACUCAUUAAGUUUUUUUCUGUGACAUUCAGAAUCAAAUAGAUUAGAGCAACAAUCACUUCAUGCUGUAUGGUGAACAACAGAGUAGAAAAUGGUUGACUGACUGUAUAUAAACAGAAGAAGCCUCCAUGCUUCCUUUAUUGUGAGAUAUGAAGCUAAAACACCACAAUGAUGUGUGCUGACACAAGGUGCUGGCAGAGCCAAGACAUGCGUAGAGCUUUGAGACUGAUGCCACAGCUCUACUGUGAACCAAAACAUGGUUCUAAUUUACAGAUACAAUGUCAAAAGCACGGCUAUGGAGAAUUUUGUGAAUCUUAGGAUAAUAUUGAUCAUGUUUUCACUUCUGUUCCUCCUUUAAUGAUCUGGGGAAGAGCUUCAUUUGUCAACAGAGCUAUCAAUCAAUCAUCAUCCAACAUUUGAACAUCCAAUAACCAAUUACAGCUGAACUUCAGAAAUAAAUGUGCUCCCACACAUAAAUUACCUAGCUUUAAACUAGCAUUAACAUAACAUUAGACAUGUUUGAAAAAUGUCUUAACAUGUAUAUGAGUUUCCAAGGCUGACUCAUGCUCAGUCGGUUUUAAUGGAGGAGGUGGACUCAUACUGCAGCCUCCCUCAGAGGAGCUCUAAAAUUUAUGGCUUCUCAUGGGCAAGAUAUUUUGUUCUCCAUUAUUCAGCCUGUGGUAUAAACUAGAUGAACUGUUGCAAUUUUAUUCUCUUAAUUGGUUAUUUCCUUAUGUGUUGGCAAAAUGUGAUGAAGUCUGGUUUAUUUCCCCCUCAUAUUCAUCAACAACAACAUUUUCCCCACUCCUUACUCCUUCCACACCAGCCUGAACAGCUUAUAUCUCAGAUACCAGGAAUUCACGUGAACUAGUCUGGUCCUGCUCCGUGUGUCUGGUGUAUCAACAGGUUAUGAGUUAUAUGUGCAAUUAAUUUUUGACCCACUAGUAAGACAAACAUCCUUUUCCACAGAUAAAGACAAUCAUAUAAAGUUAUUUAAAUAUAAUAGCAUAUUUAAACCUCACGUGACAAAGGUGGGUUGAGCGCACAGAUCACAUCAUAAAUUCCAAUAAUGGCAUUAAAAUCAGAACCAUCUGUGUGUCAAUGACGCAUCGCGCUCCGUGGCCUGGCUCUUUCUUUCAUAGAUGUUGGCAUAUAAAAUAAAUUUGGCUCACAAAACUGAAUAUUAUAAUAUCCGUAUGUAGGCUUAAAAUAACUAACUCAUCUGAUCACUGAAACAAAUCAUCUGUUCAGCCGCCGCAGCAGCUGCAGCAGGACAGAGAGAGGACACAGAGACAUGUCCAGGUCGAGCUGCGCAAGAAAUAAGAGGAAGAGGAAGACAAAAAAGGAGGGAGACGAAUUACAUAUCUUGUUAACUUUAUCAUGUGUGUCUAUUUACUGGAUAUCUAAUUUAAUGCGGUUUCAGCUGUGUUAAUUUGGUCAGGUUGAGUGUCCAAACGCGUGCCAAACGCGCUCAUCAGAUCAGAUAUAGAUCAGAAUAUAUCUAUAUAGAUCUAAAUGUAUGUGCUGACUCAGAAUAUUGACUGUUGUUGAAUAUUUAUUGCACUGAAAUGUGCCUGACACUGUGGAAACCUACCGGUGAGGCAUCGGUGACGUAUGCGCACUACGCCACCGGUCUACCAGAAUACUAAUAGACCAGCUGCGCUCUGCCUGCGCUGAAAGCUGACCAGAUUUGAAUUGGUGAGCUUUCAGCGCACUUUCCACGCCUACCAAACUGGCUGUGCACUGGGCUCUGCCAGACCGGGUCCGCCACCCUCUGCCGCGUCGCUGGUGGGCAUGAAAAUAGAGCCCAUUAUGUCUCUGGCAGCAGAUGUAUAGGUGUGUGCAGACAUGCUGACAGCAGGUAAAGAUUUUUCAGUUUAGAAUGUCCAGUCAGAGCCUCCUACACAGAUGUACACACAGAAGCACACGUGUUGUAACAGAAAGAGAAAGAGAGAUGUGACAGACAACAUAACAGGCAACAAAACCUUUGCUUUUGGAUGUCAUAAAAAGGCGGCAAUAUAAAUUUCAUUUUUUUUCAGUAACACGAAAAAACUCCAAACAGAAGCUUUAAGUGCUUUUUUGCAUCUGUAGUAAGUUACCUUUGUUUCAGACAUUAAAAUGGCAAAAUCAAAGUGUAAGAAAUAAGGGCUGUUUUUCUAAAGUGAUAAUAUAAACUUGACAGUUGCACUCUUCAAAAAAUAAUUGAGCAACAACUUAUAAAGUGAGCAAUGUGAAUUGAAUCCCAUUGUGUAGAAAUGCACCAGUUGUGAAAAUUGGAGCCAAUACUGAUGUUAGCAAUUCAGCCAGUGCCAACAACCAUUACUAAUGUUUUUUUUUUUUUUUUGCAUUACUUUGUAAUUUUUUUGUCAGAUUUUUUUUUAACAAGUUAUGAGAUUUGAAUAGAUGUUGGUCCUUCCAAUAAACUCCUCCUUUAAAUGUCUUUUAAACACGUGUUACAAACUGCAUGCCGCUGAUCUAUUCCUGGAGACCAUGUAACACCCCCACAAUGGGCACAUUGGUCUCAUAAAAAUAAAUCAGUUUAUCUGGCAGGGGACUUUUUUUCAGUAUUGAAAAUCUGUAGUAGUUUUCCAGAUUUACACUUUAGUGAUGAAGUUGGAGAUAGGAUACAGAUAAACAUCUGCUACUGACAUUGGUGCCUGACACUAAUUUGACACUAAUUUGCAGAUAGGCCCAUGUCAGUCAAAAGGGCAAUAUUAGCAUCCCCUCUGUUGUGAGUUGGGCUUAUCAGUACUUUACCAUUUAGUUUCCAACAAAUGGACACUGACUGCUCUGACAGUGAGCUUGGGCUCCAUAUCAUUGGUUUAAAUGCUCUUUCUCAUACGUAGUUUAAACUAAGGGUCCUGCAUGGUUCUUGUACUUACAAUAGUGUUUUCUCAUUUGGAGUGGUUGUUUUGCACAAUGUUUAUUGUGCAUAUUGACUAUAUAUCACUGUAAAACUGAAAACUAAAUCCAUUGGCCAGGUUAUUCAGUCCUUAUGAAGCGCUGCUGUCCUUGACUCUCUCACCUUUCUGUGCAGUAUCAGGGGUGACUCUGCAAAUCUUGUGUAAGAGGAAAGACUUAAAUCAUGACAUGAUUCAAGCAGAGAAUUACAUUAGAAUCAGCCUUAAUUCUAAGUGCAGGCCAUUAAGAUACUGUAGAUUAUUUUAAUGUACUAAAAGAGGAAAUGAAAGUUGUCUGAUUACAACAGGGCUGAUCCUUUAAGUCACUCCAUAUAGUCAGCAGCGGAGGAUUUCUAGAGAUAAAAUCACCUGCUAGGAAAUCUCCUCAACAUCAUCCUGUAGGUGACACAAUCACCUCCUGCAUAUUUGGCUUUGUAUUUAAUCAAAGCAAAGCCUUUCUGUCAGCAGAUUACGCUAGAUUUAACAAUAACUGUUCAAUAAAAAUUAAUCUUCCUUCUCAGAUCUGCUUCCAACGCAAACAUGUAAUAGUCAUAAAAGCCACAAACUUGAAUUAUUCCCACUAAGAAGUGAAUCGGAGUGUUUUAAUUUUAUACUUGUAUCCCAAAUUUUUCCUGCAUUUGCUUUUCAGACCAUAAAUUGUGUGUGUAUUUUCUGAGCAUGUCGUGGAGAGCGCUCCACAUUCCUUGGGUUAUUUGGUGCAGAGUGAGGACUCUAGCUGAGAGGAGACUGGAAAGACACUCGAUAUGUAGUCUGCUAAGCAAGGUAAAGCCGUUCAUCAGUAAUGGAUGAGGCUUCCUGAAAUAUUUACCGUUUGGCCUAAUUUAGCCCGCUCCCCCUCCUCCCUCAUGUCAUGGGUGACUAGACAACAAGCUGAGCAGCUUUUUUGGGCCGUCAUAAUUUGACCAUGUGAUUCGUUGCAUUUUUUUGAAUGUCGUCACUGGUAGACUCAGUACUUACUCUUCUUAGAUAAAUCUUAUGGGUGUUGUUUGGUUUUAAGGAAACGCCCAUAAGGAUUCGAUAGUGUGAACAUUGGUCUAUUUUUGUUGUCACCCACAGUUAGAUUGGUGUCAUUACCUCUGCACAGAUUUCCUACAUUUGUCCCUACAGUGGUGGACAGUGAGUAUUUUGCUGUCAGCAGAGUCUCCUGCAGCAGUGUAAAUUUAGAUUAGAGGCUUUGUAAUCCACAGAGAAGGUAUUUACAGUGUUGGUAUCACUAAACGUCCUUGGAGAUGUCCUGUUUGAUUCAAUCUGUGAAUUGGAUGUCUGAGCACGUACAGCCCAUUAGCUGUUUUUGGUCAAAGCAGUUAUCUAUCUGAUACAUGAGAGGUUCAUACUGUUAUUUCUAAACCUUGAUAUUGUUUUUCCGUACUUUGAGGGUCUUAAUGAGUACCAAUAGAAACAAAAAGCCGUAGAUAUUUAUCUUCAGAAGAUUUCUUAAACUGACAGCAAGAAAGCAGGUAAUAAUGGCUGCAAUAUAGUCAUACUUCUUAAACAUGCAUGAUCAAAUUAUACCCACUGAUAGUGUUUACAGUUUCUUUUUUUACUUAGAGGCUCAGAUUUUGUAAAAAUAGCCCUUUCUGUUAAACUUAAAGAGACAGUUUUGAAACAAGUGGCAGCUGUUUCUUUUAAACCAGGGCGUGGCCUCAGUGAUGUCACUCAUUAGGUUCUGAAGAGGGGUUUUGAAGCCAGAAACAAGAAAGCGGAGUUGAGGCAGGCUCGUUGCUUUCUGGCAAAUGGCUCCAUCCCAUUCCCACCCACUUGUAAUUUAACCCGGCUUCUUCCCUAGUUAUACAAAUCUAUGCCUGACUCUCAGUUUUAACAUCUUCAAAAAGCAUGAGUAAUAUGAAAGUCACACCCUGUUCAGCUUGCGAGAGUAAAGAAAUGAGCUACUCUAAACACCAGUGUUACACAUUAAGGCUGAUACGUAGACAACCAGCUCCUGUGUUCUGAAAGGUUAAAAUGCUGUUUUUGUCAGUUGUGUCUGGAGACAUUAAAGGUCCCAUGGCAUCCCAAUUUCACACAACUUAAAAUAGUCCCCUGGUGUGUUAAAAGCAUGUCUGUGACGUCCUUCGGUCAAAAUUCGAUUUGGAUCAAUUAUUUUAGUGCUCUUUUUAUCAGCUAAAAACAGCUCCGCUCAAAAUCUUCCGUUUUGGGCCAUAUCUCUUUAAUGAAAUGAGCUGCACCUAAGCCACAUCCACUUUACACCCAUCUCUCUGGAAGGGGCUGUGGCUGUGCUCCGAUAGCCUUGUUAAUGUUUACACUGGCUCGGUCAUGGCUGCAAGAAGAUCGCUUGUACAACCCUACCAGUUUGAGUCAGAGUGUGACCCAGAGGGAGAGGCUCCGGAAGAAAAUCUUAGCCGCGUUCAGACCAAACGCGACUUAAAGCGACCUCGUCGACACAUCCUAUGUACUACUCAAAGCCACCAGGAGGGUCACGCUUAAGGAGGAAGAUAUAAAUGUAGAAAAAAUUACAACCAGAGCUCUGCUACAAUGUAAGAUAUUGGUGCGCUUAAACUUCUCUGAAGCCUUUGCUAAUUAAUAGGAUGGCCGACCGUCCAGGAUUAGCCGGGACAUCCAGUAUUUGAGCCAAAAAAGGCACGUCGCCGCACUUGUAAAUGCUAAAGCUACAUGCUGCUCCGGAGGGGGAUUUUGUCCCCCGCCGCCAGAGUUGUCGGGGAAGAAGCGAGCGUCUAAAAUACGGGAGGAUCCGGUAAACCGGCGCUGAUCCGGUGUGUUUAUCAAAGCGUGAUGGCCGUGCUGAGGCACCGGGGGGAAUUUAGGCUGAACUGUAAGUCAAAAUAAAACGUUCACACUUACAGAUGCCACAUUUGUAGUAGGAUCACGGAUAGUUGGUACGGAUCCAUUCUUUAUCUUCAGACAUCUAGCAAAUCCAGCAUUGAACUGUCCCUCGUCGAUAAAACAGUCCGAAGUGAAAUGGUGCGCACAUACGUACAGAUAUUUUGGAAGUGCCGCGGGUACAUUCCCAUUAUAAAUAAAAUCCACCCAUUGAGUCCUCAAAUCCUCUGACGAGGGAGUUUUCAAAAGAGUUUUGUGCCCAUUUGUGCAGCCAACAACAGAGCAAACGCUGCCUCUUUUUCAGAUCGUACUUUCCCCAUGGUUCUAACCGGAGCUAUGUGAGCGAGCGGCCGGGAAUAAUGGCGCUUUUUUGAUAAUUUUUUGGGCAGGGCAGAGGGCGGCUCCAUGGGCAGUGCCAUCAACCCGCCAGCACUGACAUGACGUCAUGUCAGUGGAGUUUCAGAACGGCUCUGAGCACGCAGUUCCUAAAUACGGAGAUAACUAAAAAACGACUGGUUGGUUUUUUUUCGAACUUGGGGGGAUUGUAGCAGUUUUCUAUCCCUGAUAUGCACCCCUGAUAACAAAGUCAGUUUUUCAUGCCAUGGCCCCUUUAAAGGAUAGAUUUCUGAUCGAUUGAAAAGAUCUAGUCUUUGACAAAAACAUUUAUUUAAUGUAGGGAUUCUUUUCAAAAUGUUGGCAGACAAACACCUUGAAAUACCAUCUACGCCUUUUAUUGGCAACAAACAUCUUUCAGUCAAAUACAUUUAGUCAUGGGGAUUGCUUUGCAGUCUUGAGUGCCUGUGCUGUUGCUGCAAGGAGAGGCGAUAUUUUGGACCAUUAAGAAAUCAUAAUACCAAUUGUCUAGAAAAGGGUUGCUCAGGUAGGAAAUACUGUAUUUAUUGUUCCAGUACAAUCUUGAAUGAAGUGUGAGUGUGGUCUGACUGAUCUUCAGGACCAAGCAUGUUCUUAAAUAAAGGUGUUUAGUCCUGUUCUUCCACAUUAAAUAGUAUGCGCAUAUCGCUGUCAUAGUGCAGAGAGUUUUCUCUACAUAAUGCACACUUCUACUGAUGUUAGUGUUUGGUUUGGAUUUUCAUUUAAUAAGCUUGAUUAUGUCUGAAGCCUGGCUUCCACAUUAGUACUGCCUGGUUUCUCAACAAAGAGGCAGAGCUGACCUGUGUCUCCUGUGACUAACACAUUUACUGUUGACGAAUACUUCACACAACCCCCCUUCAUAAAUACUGAACUAUCCUUUUAAUGCAAAUGCAAAUAGUUUCUAUUUGUCUACUGUUAUUAGCGGUGGCAAUCAGCCAGUGGCCCCACAAUACGAUAUUGUCACAAUACUUGGGCCACAAUACAACAUUAUCAUAAUACUUGGCCCACAAUACUUCGGCCAUGAUACAAUAUUAUCACGAUACUUGGGCCAUGAAAUGAUGUUAUCAUGAUACUAGGGCCACGAUACUUGGGUCACGAUACGGUAUUAUUACAAUUAAUUUGAAAAAUCGAUACUUGGUAAAUGAGACAAUUGGAUUUAUCACCAGACAAAAUAUUGCAAUACUAUGCUGUAUCAAUUUUUUCUCCCACCCCUAAUUUUUGUAUUCUCUUCUUCAUUUCUAUCGUUAUUCGGAGAACUCCAGUGAACCCUAAAUACUACUUUGUUGUAUUGUAUAUUUUUCGAAGUUAAGGGCUUCUCAAAAUGAAAAUAAUUUUUAUAAAUAUCCUCAUGUUCAGUUUUUUUCAAGCCUUAUUGGGAGUUCAGUUCACAGUCAUCCAGAGUGGGGAUGACUGGCCUCAGGUACUCAGUUGUAAUUGUAUCUUAUGCAAAAGCCCCUAAAAGAAGUGCAUCUAAAAGUAAAGCGCUUCUUGUAAGUUCACUGAACCUGCUUAAUUGCUCGUCCAUCACUCGCAGUCACAGAGUAGUUACAUUUGGACUGAUUUUGAUUUUCAUCAGGCCUGUGACAUGAUUCUGUUUGUUAAAUCUGCCUUAAAAUCCAGAGAUGAAGCAGAGUUUAUGUAAGACGUGUGGAAAACAUCUUGCUGGUCAGAUCCUCUCAGUAGACAAAGCUGCUUUCGGUGAGUCUGCAGGUCUUUCAGCAGAGCAGAUUGUUCUUUCCCAAACUGAGUCAAUGGCUCUGGAUGUGAACUGGAGGAUGUGAGCACACUGAUGUCAUGAAAAAGCCUCAUUGGUUGCAGUGUCUGGAGGGGGUAGAGGGGCCGGGUAUAAAUGCUCCCUUGUCUUUUUGUAGUCUGGGGCUGUGGAAAAGUAGAAGAAGAAGGAGCUUUGGGGGUUUUGUGAGCAUCUCACUCUCUGCUUUGUGCUCUCUGACACUCAUGUGUGGGUCAAUAGCCCUGUUCCCACAAAGCAGCAGAAUGGCAGUAAGCUUGUUUUUAAGAGAUCUCCCCUCCCACGCCGGCCUUAAUUAAGAUGCAGGGGACAGACCUGCAGGAAAAAAAGGCCUUGCUUUAAGGGAUUUUGGAUGCAUAAACUUGGUGUAUUGAGUUAGAUUUUUACUGCAGCAAAAAUAUGAAAGAAGCUGAAUAACUCAGAGAUAUCUUUGUAUACACUCAAACCUAUAAGAAAAGUUGAUAAUAUCUGCAAAAUAAAAUCUUAGCCUCCCCCCACAAUGUUUUAUUUUAUCUAGCUGUUCAGGUAUUCCCUGUCAAAAUUGUAAAAACGUUCAAAGCAAAUUCAUUCAUUGUAGGGAUUGAACACUUUGGACUGGAUUAUCAUAACUGUAAAUGCUCAUAAAUGCAGUUUUCAGUUUUACACACACUGCUUAAGGGCUUUUUGAUACAGUGUUUUGAAACUCAGGCCUUGAAAAACCCUGGAUGAAAGUCUGGGAUUUUUAAAGCAGCAGACGAAUAACCACCUACGCCCUGCGUUGUCUCAAUAUAGCAUCAACAUGGCUCUCCUCCAGUCUCUGUCAGUGGGUUCACAUCACAUCCCCUCUGCCAGACCUGCUGACGCAGCCACGUUUCCUUUCCUAUUGACUGGGGCAGGUCACCCGUGACAGCCCGCCCAGCAUCACUCAGUCUCAGAUAGAAAGAGACCCAGCAGUGAGGGCAAAGACAAACAUGGGAGAAGAUGCUUUGAAUAUGAUAAAUGACAGCUGAAAUAAAACUUGAAUCUGUGACAUGGGAGUGGGAGUGUGGAUGUGAUAUGUGGGUAUCACUCACAAUAAUAAUACUGAAGGGUUGUGAGGUUUUACAAGCAUAUGAUUUUGACAAACUCCAGAGUAGAUUUUAGCUUAUAGUAUUUUACAAUACAAUACAAUAUGGUAUGUUAAAACAAUACAGCAGACAUACACUCACCGGCCACUUUAUUAGGUACACCAUGCUAGUAACGGGUUGGACCCCCUUUUGCCUUCAGAAAUGCCUCAAUUCUUCGUGGCAUAGAUUCAACAAGGUGCUGGAAGCAUUCCUCAGAGAGCUUGGUCCAUAUUGACAUGAUGGCAUCACACAGUUGCCGCAGAUUUGUCGGCUGCACAUCCAUGAUGCGAAUCUCCCGUUCCACCACAUCCCAAAGAUGCUCUAUUGGAUUGAGAUCUGGUGACUGUGGAGGCCAUUUGAGUACAGUGAACUCAUUGUCAUGUUCAAGAAACCAGUCUGAGAUGAUUCCAGCUUUAUGACAUGGCGCAUUAUCCUGCUGAAAGUAGCCAUCAGAAGUUGGGUACAUUGUGGUCAUAAAGGGAUGGACAUGGUCAGCAACAAUACUCAGGUAGGCUGUGGCAUUGCAACGAUGCUCAAUUGGUACCAAGGGGCCCAAAGAGUGCCAAGAAAAUAUUCCCCACACCAUGACACCACCACCACCAGCCUGAACCGUUGAUACAAGGCAGGAUGGAUCCAUGCUUUCAUGUUGUUGACGCCAAAUUCUGACCCUACCAUCCGAAUGUCGCAGCAGAAAUCGAGACUCAUCAGACCAGGCAACGUUUUUCCAAUCUUCUAUUGUCCAAUUUCGAUGAGCUUGUGCAAAUUGUAGCCUCAGUUUCCUGUUCUUAGCUGAAAGGAGUGGCACCUGGUGUGGUCUUCUGCUGCUGUAGCCCAUCUGCCUCAAAGUUCGACGUACUGUGCGUUCAGAGAUGCUCUUCUGCCUACCUUGGUUGUAACGGGUGGUUAUUUGAGUCACUGUUGCCUUUCUAUCAGCUCGAACCAGUCUGGCCAUUCUCCUCUGACCUCUGGCAUCAACAAGGCAUUUCCGCCCACAGAACUGCCGCUCACUGGAUAUUUUUUCUUUUUCGGACCAUUCUCUGUAAACCCUAGAGAUGGUUGUGCGUGAAAAUCCCAGUAGAUCAGCAGUUUCUGAAAUACUCAGACCAGCCCUUCUGGCACCAACAACCAUGCCACGUUCAAAGUCACUCAAAUCACCUUUGUUCCCCAUACUGAUGCUCGGUUUGAACUGCAGGAGAUUGUCUUGACCAUGUCUACAUGCCUAAAUGCACUAAGUUGCCGCCAUGUGAUUGGCUGAUUAGAAAUUAAGUGUUAACGAGCAGUUGGACAGGUGUACCUAAUAAAGUGGCCGGUGAGUGUACAACAGAAAUACUAUGCCAUGAUACGGUUCAUAUGAUAAGAUGCUUUAUGAUUGGAUUAAAUGGGAAACAGUAGGAUAAGUCCCUCAUGCUCUCCUCACACCAUAAAUCUGCAUUUUCCUUCCAACACCUUAAACUCAUGGAAACUUUCAAACAUUCACUAAAGACUAAAAUUCUUUGCUCUCUUGCUGAAUUUAGUACUUUGAUCCCCCACCACUGUUUCAAAUUGUGACUGUUUUACUUAAUUUUUAUGUUUUUUGGUUUAUUGUUCUUUUAUUUUCAAAUGUAUGUAUUUCAAAUGUACUUGUAAUCUUCACUGAAUAAACAAAAUUUUGAAUGAAUGAAAAGGAUAGAUAGGUAUUAUACCAUACAGUUAACUUUGAUACAAUAAAAAAUAUAUAUAAGUUAAUAUAAGAUAAUAGAGGGUUUGGUACAAUAUGAUACAAUAUGAGGUGAUUCAGUUAAUUUUACAAACCACUGAGGAAAAUUUGUCUUGGACUGAAUUAAAUAAUAUCAAUAGUUCAUAUUUAUUCAUACUAAUUAAUUUCUUAUUACUGAUAUCACAUCAAAAAGCUGUUAUUUAAAACACAUCUUAGUUUACAGGUAGACAGCUAAAGUAAAGAGUCACCAAUUACAGUUUCAGGGGUCAAACAAAUUUAACGAGUGAGAUAAUACCCUCCAGCCUGGUUUUUUAAUUAUCUGUAAAAAUUUUAGACAUCUUUGAGUGUCUUCCAACACAUUUGAGUCAUUUGUAAGGGGUCUUUGUGCCUUGUUAUCCUUGUGUCCUGUGGUUUUUAAUAGUUUGUUUGAGGAUAAAUCUGUGGAUUUUGUGACUGAUGAAGUCAGAGUUUCAGGAGGCUGUUUAAAAUGAGUAAUUACACCUAAUUGAUGUAGAUGUUUCAUACAUUUGAUUUGCUCUCAUGAGCAUGUGCUUUAUGUUCUUAAGAGAAAUGAUGGGAUUAUCAGCCGUGUACGCUUGAGCUCACUGUUAGAGGUCAUUAUGUGCACUGAUUAAAGCACAGAAAAGAGGAAUACGUGCAUCAACUACCAAAUGCUGCUGACGUGGUUUGAGAGCGCACAGUCAGAAUUUAAAUGAGCUACCUCUGCAAGUAUGACGUUUUCCCUUUAUGACCCUACUACUAAAUCCUGGCGUCAUCUCUAACCUCAAUUCUCAUAAUUAUAAAGUGUUUCCAUCAUAAAAAGAGGAGGCAGGUGGUGAAGGGGGGCAUGAUGAGGAUGGGAGACGUGCUCUGUGUGGUAAAAAAGCUCCUAAAGCAGGCCUCAGGUGGAGGUUGCUCUGACACGCCAGCUGUGACCACGGACAGCCGUACGGGAUCUGACAGCUCCGCCUCGUGUCUCAGUUUACUCUCAUACAUGCUGCCAAUCACUUCCACUCUAAGCUAAUUACCUUAUCUGAGUGAGAGCAGGACAUUUUUCUUUCAUUGCAGGGCUGUGUGAGGGUGUUUUGGGAAGUUGUAUGAAUCAUAUCCCGAUCAGGCAUGAGUAAGCAGCUCAAGGAUGUCAUAUUGCAGGGGCUCUGCUUUCCAUCAGUAUUCAGGUCCAUUUUUUAGGUACUGUAAUAUACUUGCCCUUUGUUAAGAUUGAUAUACAGUAUAUGAUGGCUUUUUUGUUUCUGGAAAGUUCAUGUUUAGUGGUGCUUUCUCAGCAUUUUCUACCAGCAUUUUCUUUCCCAACUUCACUAAGUGUCGGUUCUUGACUUUGUUGGACCUUCGUCCAUUAUUAGAUUAUAAGAGACUCAAUUCUUUUAAAAACGUGUAUGCCAACAAAGCCUUUUCAUUGAGCGAGACCAGGAACAUAUUGUACCCGUAAUACGUUCAUAGGUAGAUGUCUCAUGUCUGUCAGACUGAUUCUUCAUUAGACUUGUCUUGAUUUUCCUUUAAUGUUUCUUAAAACAGUCAUGCAUAUAUGCUCCCUAUGAUUCAAUACUGCCAGAUAACUUGGUUUUAGUUUUAAGACACCCACAUCACUUUUGACUAAGCACCAUCUGUUACUUGGGCAUUGAGUAUAUUUAUGGCUUACUCCUUUUUUGUAUCUCUAGAAAAGUGAUUACUGUUCUUUAACUUAUCCCAACUAAAUAAUAUGUGUAGUAAGAAUAGUGAAAUAUGAUUCAAACCAGUUCAACUGUGGAAGGACGGUGUUCACACACGAUAUUGGAAAGUGCUACACAUCUGCAUGAAAACUGUACAUUGCUGAACACAAUGGAGGUCUUCACACAAGACAGCAGUUUCAACUUUUUUCCUCUCAGAGCUCCUAAAACAGACAACAUUUUAUAUACUUAUAUUCUGAAUUUGACUGUAACUGCAUUACCUUGUUUUUUAUAUAAACGAAUUAGAGGGAUUAAGAUAGUUUUGGUGUGGCUGGUAAUUCAUUUAUAAAAAGAAAUCUUUAGCUAUUUACAUGUCGUGCACCAGGAACAAGUAAGCGGCAGUUCUGCUCACUGUCCUAUCUAACCAAGCCUGAAGGAAACAUAGGUCUUAAAGGUGAAACUAUGAUAACUGGAGUUUGCAUGGUUGUUAUUGUGGUGUGAUGGAGAGUAGGAGACCUUUGUGGAUUAUUUGACUGACCUUGGGAUCCUCUUGAACUGUAGGAACACUUAACUAUCAUUUCAGACUUAAUUUGAAUAUUUACAGCAUAUUGCCAUGUCUUCCUGGGCAUGAAAUGAUGUAGUUAAAAAGAUGAAGUGCAGACCCAAAAAUGACAAAAUAAGAACUGGGUCUCAGUAGUUCCAACUGAUGAUGCUCCUUCAGCCCGGUGUCAUGACACAUUACCGUCGAAGACCAUUUAUGGCAGGAAACGGUGCACAAGUGGGGAAAUGAGCCAUAUGGAAACAUUUUUAGCUGAUUAAUAAAACUGAUUCUGUUGAGGCCUCAUGUAUUUGAAGGCAGCCAUUGGAGUCAUCACUUGGAUGAACUUGAAGCAGAGUAGUGAGUGUUUGCUAUUUCUCUGCUCAUGUUUGGCCCUCCUCCAGAGUGCUUGACCGUCUUGAAAGGCCUCAUCUCUUUCUCAUGGUGAGGCAUGGGGCUGAAACCUGAGACCCAUGUCAGCCAUGCUGGCCUAUAUCUCACAGCUGGAUGCAUAGUAACAGAGUAGAGAGGAAGUAAGCGUGUGUACGCUGAUUUGAGAGUACUUAGCUCUGGGCCCUUUUCCUCCCAUCGACCGAUCUGCAUUAGUAGAGAAAGGGUGUCUGGAGCUGUGGGAGCAGAAAGGAAGCUAUUUUUUAUCGCCAGACCACCACAGAGAUAUUGUUCCUGGGUGGGCACGCUACCAGAUCCUUGAGUAUUUCAGAGAAAAGGAUUGAUUUUGAAUACUGGAACUAUCAUAGAAAAUAACAUUUUUAUUGUAGUACGUCUCUUUCAGUCCUGAUCACAAACAGAACCACUCUGGCUUUAUCUGUUCCUGGAGACGUUUUUCUACUAACCUUUUUGAGGAUAUAUUAAGCAUUUUCAGGUCAAUGAAUGCUUUUUAAGCUUUAUCUUUGGAUAACCUUGUAUGUAAGGACAGAAGUAUGUCCCGGAUUCAAGAGAAACAUUUUAAAUCCACAAUGUAGGGUUUUUAGCUGAUUAUGAACAAUCAAAACAAACAGUGCUGUUUGUUUUGAACUCAAUAGAGAGUAUAUGUGUUUAUAUCAAUAUACCAUGCAUAUUAAUUUGCAUCUAAAUUGAUCUAAAUACAAAGAGAAUAUGUAAGACCAAAACUUUGUAAACCUGGUUUAGUUUUACAUUUUUAACUGUGUGUGUCCUCAUGAGUUUAAGUCGAUAGCCGACCGAUGGAGGCUCUUGUCUUAGCGAUGUUAAAUGAGAAUUAGAGACUGAGCUGACAAUCAUGUAAUAUAUACUCCCAAAUGGUUAUUGAUCAGUCAAAAUUGCAGAAAAAAAGUCUAAAUGCAUGGUGGUAAAUGCACAGUUACUAACUAAAGAGCACUAACCUGGAUUUUGAAGGUUGGAUUUUGAAGAUAUCAGAGAUGGAGGACUAAAGGUCCUUACACACCAGGCGAGAAUUCGCCAAGUGAAUUAUUCGCCUUUUUUUAAAACAGCAUAAAGUCAAUGCAGGCUCCCACACCGGCGGCGAUUUUUCCGCGGGGCGAAAAGCGUCUUUUAUUUUUUCGCUCUUGUGUCGAAUUUUUCGGAUAUUCGCAGGCGAAUAUCUGGACCUGCUAGACCUCUGGCCAAUCAAAAGUCAUGUUGAGUCACACUGCAAAUUUGCUGGUGUGUAAGGACCUUAAGGACUGAUUUCAGCUUCUUUUCAAACAGCAAAAGUAUGGCUUUAACAGUGUGUCAAAAAAAAUACCAUGUUGUAUUUAAAUUUAACAUUUCACUUAUUUCAGCAAUGAAAGAGGAGAGAAAUUAUCAUUUCGAUUUCAAGGUAGUGUUCCAGAGUCUUUUGAAAUCCAGUCUAUGCAAAGAGCCAAUUUCAACAUCCUUACAAAAAUCAUGAAUACUGCACACUGCACAAGACGGUCCACAGACAUAGAAGCAGCUUUAACCAUGAUCAAUAAUAGAAGAAAAAGCAGACUGUCUAUCUGUGUUCAGGCACUAAGGCUGUGAAACUCCAGCUGUGAUCCUAGAUAAACUUUCAUGACUAUUUUAGCUGCCACAUGUAUGAGAUACAGCUUUACAUUUACGUAUACAUUUACAGAUGAACAAACUUCAAAAAAGGGCCAACAGCUCCUCUUCACUGAGAGCUUGAGGACUUUAGAUUUUUGUUAUUCACACAAAGUCAAUGGUAACCUGAUAUUCAUCAGUAAAAGGUCCAGGGAGAAAAAAAGCUAGUUUGUGCUGUGUAUUUGAGGAGUCAUCCUGGUAAAAAAGGGUUUAUCAGCAUGUGAUCACAAAACAACCUUACAGUAAAAACACACAAAUCACAGAGAUCAGCACUACUCUGAAAGCCUGGAAAAAAGUCACAAGUUUUUUGAAAGGGGAAGAAGGAGCUUUUCUCUGGGGACUAAAGAAAUCUGAUCCUGAUGAAGAGCUCAGGGCUGAUGACUGGGUAACACUGUUGUAAGAUGAGCUGAGGCUGAAGAGCUGAGGCUGAGCUGUGCUAAAAUGGCUACGGGGAGAUAAAUACACCUGGUAGACAUGGCCUUUUAAUCUAGCACCACCACCAGGCUAAACUCUACAUAGUUGACAGCUUUGUUUUAGAGUUUAUAAGAAGUACAACUGACUGAGAGACUUAUUAGCAGUGCUGUUGAAAAAAAGUCAAUAUUAUCUUUUAUUUAUGUGCAUCACAUUUUUGUAUGAUAAUGUUAUGGACAAAAUAUUUCGAAGCUUAUUUCUCUCUGUCCAUGGUGCUGAAAUAGCCGCAGUAGAAAAUGAUCUUUCAUGCAGUCACCACACUGUUUUUAAUGUUGUUUUUUUUUUCUUUAAUUAUUUUCCCUUUUCAGACAGUUUGUGAUAAUGUUUCUUAUAUCUUUUAAAAAAAGAUUGUUUCAUUGAAAUGGACUCAAAUCAAAUUGCACGAAUGCCUUCUGAACUACAAUAACCUGCAGUCUUUGGGGUCAAUGAUGGGUCUGACAGUAGGGAUACCUUGCUUCAUUUUUCAUCAACAUUCUUGCAUAGGCAUUUCAAGAUGGUCUUUCUUGGCCCACGUAUGAGGAUAUUACACUUCGUAACACCAUAUUUGGGUUCAGUGACAGUUGUUUUAUGUCGCUGCUUCAUCGAUAAACAUUAUUUUGUAAUUGGCGUCAUAACUGUUCCCCAGCUGAUGAACAUCUUGGUCUACUUUUCAGCAACAUUAUUACAGACAAUUGCCAUGUCUGUGCAUUUCUCUACCACCAUGGUGCUGUAGCCCUGGGGAGGGGCUUGCCUCAGUCAUGGGUGGUACACCUACUUCCAUUUUUUCUUAAUUUAUAACAGGUAAAGGGAAACAUUCAAGUCAUUUUUUGUUUACAUUUGGAUAAUUAUGGCGUACAGGUCACAGUGUUCAAUCCAGUGUCUCAAAAUUAUUGGAGUAUUCCUCAAGAUCAAUCAAAAAAGGAUUUAAAAAACAGAAAUGUUCAUUUGAAAAGUAUUUUUAUUCAUACAGUCAAAGGGCAUCUUUAUCAUGAUUCAUUUCUUUAGGUUACUGAUGGUAGAUAUGAAACUUUUUCAUGGUAUUUUAAUUUGAGAGAUGAGGGAGUGGUUCCCUCACCAUCUCUUUUUUUUUGCAGAUGUAUAUUAAGGAGAAGAAAACACAAUUUUUUUAAGGUUGUUGUUGAAUACAUUAAAAAUGUAUAGAGGUACAACACCCAGUCGCACAGCUCUGUUGACAAAUGCUGCUCCCUGAGGGCUGCAUGCACCAGUUUAGCAAUGCUUUUUUUUGUUGUUUCUUUUAUAGCUAUAAGACUUCAAUACAGCAGCUAGACAAGUCAAUCUGGCUCCCAAAUCAUAACCAGCACCAGUCAUAGGGGUAUUUUCUUCUCACCUUUUAACACCAGGAGGAGACAGUCACAUACUAUUCGACUUUACGUGCAGUCAGUUACACCAUCUGCAAUCAACAUAACCCAAAUGUGUUUCAUUCCACACUGCCACUGUGUCAGUGAGGGAAAAUGCUUGAACAAGCCUUAAAUCAAUGGGCCCAAACACUUUACAUGAGCAUUUUAAAUGACAGGGAGGCCACUGAGGCUUUCCAGCCCGAUUAGCACAACAAGACACAGACACGGCUCAGAUACAGUUUCACAUGGUGGCUCUCACCCUCCUUCUGACCUGGGUUUCUUGUCCUGUCUUUCAGCCAUCAUCAACCCCAAGCAAGCCAAAGACAACAAGAGCUUCAACUUUGAUUACUCCUACUGGUCCCACACCACGGUAACUCUCUCUACACACCAACAGUGCAACCAAGUUUAGAUGAAUACUCACAUAUACACUUUGUUGCCUAUUUUAUGGAAAUUUCAAGAUGAAAGUCACUGAUCGAUCUCUAUCUCUACAGCCCGAGGACGUCAAUUAUGCCUCUCAGAUGCGGGUGUACAAAGACAUUGGAGAGGAGAUGCUGCUGCACGCCUUUGAGGGCUACAACGUCUGCAUAUUUGCUUAUGGGCAGACAGGUGCUGGAAAGUCCUACACCAUGAUGGGGAAACAAGAUGUCAAGGAUCAACAAGGAAUCAUCCCCCUGGUACAAACAUAGUCAGAUUGCUUUUACAUCUCUGAUUACAAAUCCAUAAAUCAUUUUUUAGUUUUUGAGAUGAUACAAAUUUUAAAGUAGCAACCUUUUUAUCUCCUUCCAGCUGUGUGAAGAUCUUUUCACAAAAAUAAAUGACAACACAGACAACAGCAUGUCAUACUCUGUGGAGGUAAGCAUCCUUGUCUGCUGUCAUCUGUCACUGCUACGCUGAUUUUUAAGCACCAAAUAAAAAAGGACCAUAUUCCAACAUUAACCUGAGACAUGCUUCAUAUGUAAACUUUAAUGUUUUGAAAUGUACAGGUAAGCUACAUGGAAAUCUACUGUGAGCGUGUGCGUGACUUACUGAACCCCAAAAACAAAGGAAACCUCCGUGUACGGGAGCACCCUCUGAUGGGACCUUAUGUGGAGGAUCUGUCUAAACUGGCUGUCACCUCCUACAAUGACAUCCAGGACCUGAUGGACUCAGGGAACAAGGCCAGGUAGCAGACCUGUUUGAGAUUCCUUCAGUGCAUUUUCGUUGAACAUUUGUAGAACUUGUAAUUUUAACCUUAUACUAACUGUAAACUUUGCAGCGUUGACAGGAAAUAAGUCAGCACAACAAUUUGCAACCAAAGGCUGAAUAUUUUACUGGUGCAGCACUUUGGUACAGGAUAUGCAGCUGAAAGUACCUCCUAAUUAUCCCAGUAAUAGAACUAUUAAUUAAACUAUAAAGGUCAAGAUGAAUGCCAUUACCUCAUAUUCAUGUGGAUAUAGAGAUUUCUUGAGCUGUCAUCCCAGCUAAAGAGACAGCAGCUAAAACGAAGCGUUUCAGACUGAGGCUGAAAGAAUAAUAUUUUAAUACACCAGAGUGAGAAACGCGAGGCUUUUUGAAAUCUGAAAAUCGUGUCAAGAUAUUAAAGAAGUAUCAGAGAAGAAGUGUAGAGUCUGAGAAAAGUGCACAAUACCCUCUCUUUAUCUAACACUGGCAUACUUACAACAGACUUAUUUGAUCAAACCACUGUAUAAGAAUUUUGUUAUCAGACCAGCUCUGACUUAGCCUAAACCUCUCGAGUUUUUCUGGCUGACUAAAAAAGCAUCAGAAUUUAACAGUCUCCACUUAUUCCAGCUGAUUCUUCAUUGCCUGUAUCCACUUUCGUCCUCUGUAAGUUUUUUUUUCCUCUGAUGCAGAUGAAAACUUAGUUCUGGGAUUUUUACGCUGUUGACAGUGUUAGAAGAUUUCUUGCAGAUGAAAGUGACAAGCAGGCCCCCUACAAGCAGUCGAUGGAGAAGAUGAAUUAUUUUCGCCUUUGGGGCUGGCAACACUUCAUGCCGCUCUGUCUCUAUCCUCCUCAUCCUCACUUUUAUCCUCUUUGCAAAUAUGCAGAGCAAACAAAACACUUGGAGGAAGAACCAGUGAUGAAUGUAAUCUCUGUUUCUGCAGGACUGUGGCCGCCACCAACAUGAAUGAGACGAGCAGCCGCUCCCAUGCCGUUUUCAACAUCAUAUUCACUCAGAAACGCCACGAUGCUGAGACUGAUAACACAUCUGAGAAGGUACAGUUUUAUCACAUCCUGAUUGAACUGAUUCAAAUCUUAUCUCUGCUGAUCUACUAGCUGACUGAAUUGGACUGAUCUCACUCUUGUCUACUGGAAAUCAAUGGUUGCUUGAAGGUCAUUGAUAUUAAUCAGUGCUGGGAAGGAAACACUUGUCAUGUAACAGGUUGCAAACAAUCUUAUCAAAGAGAUAUAACUUACAACAUUAGAAUAGCUUUUUUUCUGGCACCUCUAAACAGCACAUCGACACUCAAAGGUCCUGAAAAUAAACUUUAUACUACAGUAAUGAAGGGGUUGUCAAGUUCAAAUUGUCAAGAAUUUCUUGUCGUAAAGCAAAGCCAUCUGCCUUAAUGUGGUCAGCUGGCUUCAAAGAAAUCUGCACUGGUUAAAGCUUAAAAGCAUGAGAUAAAGAAAGAAAAUCAGAAUAUCAAGUGAACCAGUUUUAAAGGUUAAAAAUCAUGCCCAUUGUUGACCGAAUACAGUGUAUAUGAAACUACAGUCAGUUACUUGAAUACCUUGAUUUUUCCUAACCCCUCCACUGACAUGAUGUUUGAGUGAAUGCCACAAAAACAAAGGUACAAAGCACAGACUACAAAAGACAUACAUGCAUUGUGUGUUUUUAUCGCACACUAAAGGACUUGUCAAACCUCAGUAUUUGCAGAUCCAUGAGUGAGGAGAUUUAGUGGCAGCAGCUGUGACAGCAGAGUCAGAAACAGGAAGAAGAAGCUUAACUUUAGCUGCAAGAAAACCAAAUCCAUAACCUUUCUGCACCUUAAAGUGGGGGUGUGGAUGGGUUUAUAGGUUCUUAAGAGGGUUCUGUGUUUUUGAUUCCAUCAUUACAGAAAUAACACAAAUCAUUUUAAAGUAUAUAGUAUCAAAGUAUCCAAGAUUUUGACAGCUUCAUCAGGAUUAAUAUGUAUGUAGAGCUUCUGUGAUGACUUUUUGAAAGGUAAUGAUACAGUCUGAAAUCUGUGCAAAUGAGACCAUUGCUGACAAGACUGACAGUUUCUGUCAUGUAAUUUUAAAUGCCUGUAGCUACUGUGCGAGGGUCAGUACGCUAAGGAGCCUUGGCUACUUUUUCCAUGGCAAAUACUUAUGAUGAGUAAUAAAUUAAACUAUAAAAAGACAGCAGGAAAAGGUUCACUGUCAACAUCACUUUCAAAAGAAUGAGACCAUAUCAGCAGUAAUAUAAAGUUACCGCUUUGUCCACAGGGGGUCAACGAAGACAGAAAGUCCUUUACAGGAACUUUAAAAUUAUUUAGCAAUAAUGAAAUGGCGAUUGUAAUUUUUAUAUAUAAGGCAAGAGACAUGCAGCAACCACAAAGUAAACACUUCUGUUAUGUCAGCCCAGGUAUGCUAUUGUGAUAUGUUAUACUCUCCUUUCAAGUUGUCCAGUUUUUUAAUUAAAAAAAGGGUAAAAUUAAGGUUUUUUAUUGUAUGUCAUACUAAAUUUUGCUUUGAGUAAUGUUUUUAUCUGUCUCUCUGUCACAGGUCAGCAAAAUCAGUUUGGUGGAUUUAGCUGGCAGUGAGAGGGCAGAUUCAACUGGAGCUAAAGGCACCAGACUCAAGGUGAGUUUUUUUUCUUCUUUUAACUAUAUUUUGGAAACUCAAACUCCUAGAUGAAAACACACAAGCCUGCAUGAGAUGCAGUCACCAUGACUACUUCUGCUUAAAAGCAGAUUAUGCUCACACUGUAAACAUCACUCUCUGCAUGUUGCUCCAUCACAGGAGGGAGCAAAUAUCAACAAAUCUCUGACCACACUGGGAAAAGUCAUCUCUGCACUGGCGGAAGUGGUAUGCAUUGUAAUCUGUUCAUGAUAUAUUUUAAGAUAAAGCAGUUUUCAUUUAGGAUUCACUGGUUCUUUAUUCUGCUUUUUUUUCUCUUUAGGAUUCUGGGUCAAAUAAGGUAAAAGUCUUAACUGGUUCUUCACUGAUUUGUUUACUGUUUUACUUACUUUUGUGCCGAGGUAUGCAUAACCUUUUGAUUUUGCAUUUAAUUGUAACGCAGAACAAAAAGAAGAAAAAAGUGGAAAGCUUCAUCCCCUACAGGGAUUCAGUCUUGACCUGGCUACUGAGAGAAAAUCUGGGUAUGCACACUUUGCUUUUCCAACUUGCGAGUCAGUCUCUCAUUUUUUUUGAUCCUCAAGAAACUAAAACCCGGAACAUGUGUUUCUUCUUUUUGUCAGGGGGUAAUUCCCGCACUGCAAUGGUAGCUGCACUCAGUCCAGCAGACAUCAACUAUGAUGAGACCCUCAGCACACUCAGGUAGAGAGCAUGAAACAUAAUUUCUGCUGCGUCUUUCCUCCCACACAGCUGCUGAAUGUGGCUCUGAAGGACAGUAAUGAGACAACAUGUUGCGUAAUACCCUCAGUCUCCCUCAGGGAUUUGCAUCAGUUUCACACUUCAAACACUUUCCGUGAGCUACAGUGCUGGGCUGCAGAAUCCUGUGGAUGUGUGAAUGUGUGUUUGCCUUUGAGUCUCCCCCCCUCUCACCUGUGUUAACUUGCUUAAUGAUGCUUCCUUUUCACUCGCAGGUACGCAGACCGAGCCAAACAGAUUCGUUGUAAUGCUGUGAUUAAUGAGGAUCCCAAUAAUCGAUUGGUGCGUGAGCUGAAGGAGGAAGUGUCCCGCCUGAAAGAGCUCCUCUACGCCCAGGGCCUGGGUGACAUUAUUGAAAGUAAGGAGGCAUUUAUUGGAUUUAUGCGACCAUUAGUGCCAGCUUCAGACUCAAUUUAUAACAUUUAAAAUGUUUUUCUCUGAGUAUGCACACUAUUCUCACUGACACAUUAUCAGCCCACACAGCUCCCCUCACAGGAUCUGCACUUAACUCACCUCUGUGCUCACAAACCUGUGCGUCUUGGUGCAUUGGGACAAAAAACAAAGCAAAUAAAGACCCAGCACAGAAAAAAAAAUAUCAAAAGACAUAGAUAGAGAUAAAGACAUACUCACUGUCUCCAGACUACAGUGAAACUAGAAACUAGCUUACUCUCUUACCUUUUGGGAAAAUGUGGCAAAGCUCUAAAAAGAGAGGCUUUAAGUUUAAAAGGCUUAUCAAGACAGCAUGUCAGGCCAGCUAAGAUAAACUUAACCUACUUACACUCAGUGUGUCACAAUCUGUGUGAGAAUGGCAUAAAAACAUAGGCAGACAAAAUUGUAAAGGCGAGGCUUAAUGGCACAGAGGAGUUUUAUUGGGCUGUAAUGGUUAGCAUUAAUCCUUUUUUGAUCUAACUAUCAGUAAUAAAUCACAGUUUUCCAAGUUUUGCCACUGUCAUUUUACAGUUAAUAUUUUUGUUCAUCUACAAAUCAAUACUCUACUUAACACAGUGUCCUGCAUAAAAUGUCUCAAAUAAGUAAAGAAGUAUCAGGAAGGAGAUCUCCAUUCAUUUGCUUUUACAACAAAAUGAAUGGUACUUAUGGGAAAAACAUUCUAAAUCCAGGGAUCUCUUAUUAUAUAGUGAGCAUGGAGGUGAGCUCAGGUCAAUGCAUCCUGACUUCCUUCUUAGGUGUCCAGAAGACAUCAAGUAAAUGUGAAAACCUGUGAACAUUUAUCUUCAGGUGUUUUGCUGUCUCUCUCUUUCUCAUUUCCAUUCUCUCUCUCUGUCCCCUCCUUUCCCAGCAUAUCGAGCGACUGGUGCUGAGAUCGAGGGUUUGAAAUGUGUGUUUUCUGGCUCUUGCUUUUGCUCAUGUGGCAGCAGCUUAGCAUCAGCAGUGCUUACUGUGACGGUCAAAAGUAGCUUUUCCGUUUUGUUUUGUUUUCUCUGCAGCAUCAACUUGUCUUAGAAGAGAUAUCCGACUUUCUUGGCACUUUGCAUUGGAACACAAGUUCAUACCUGCCAACAUCUAGGUUUUAAAAUGCCGCAGUAAUUUUGUUUAAGUGUGGCGUUUGGAUACUAAAUGAAAAAGAAAGCUUAUCGCUCACUGAGUAGCACCUAAAAUAACUACAGUCUUGGCAAAAGUUAUCACCCCUGUCCUGUUGGGAACUUUAGUCCAGCUCUGCUCCAAUGAAUGUUUGAAGAGUGUGUGGUCAUAUUUAGUCUUUUUGAACGAUGUAUAAAUUGCAAGGAUGUCCUGCAUUUUCCAGCAGACGUUUUACUAAAUUUUACUUUAUUUUAUGUAUUUUUUAUUGCAGUACUGAACAUUUUUACAUCCAACAUUUUCAAAUUUAUGGGUAUACCUUUUUGUAAAAUAUAUAUAUAUUUUUUUUUUUUAUGGCUGUUCAAAUAGGCCAUAAUAAACCUAUUAACAUUCAGAGGAAGAUAAUACAGGAGAAAAAAAGUCAAUAACUAAGACAGGCAGCAGAAGUGUAAUAUUUCCAAAUAAACAUAAAACGGAUUUUCAGAGAGAGAAAAAAAAAAAAAAAAAAACUAUGUAUAACUAGAAAAGCACUCUGAGAGCGCAGCCCUCCGCCAAGCAGCUCACAGUAUCCGGAAUUUUCAAAAAAGCUUUGUUUUAGCCCAUUUUCUGCUGAUUGGCCACCUCUUUGGAGGCUUUCUGGAAGCCGACUGAGGGCACAGCCUGAUGUUUUGGCCCCACCCCCUCUUUUUUGGUCAACCCCUAUAUAGAAGACUACAUACACCAGCUUGCUGUAGCAGCCCACUGGACGACAUGUCUACUCGGCAGCCAUCUUGUAUUUCCAUGAGUGUUUCUUUCCAGUAACUGUGUGGACACGCCCAAAAUAUAUGAUAAUGGUUCGCAACUUGAGAGACAUAAUUCUCCAGCACUGAGGUUUCCAUUGCUUUAGUGUGCCUUUAUGUAAGGAGUUAUAAAGUGACUGGAUAUAUUUUUCCAACAAAACUCCUUCAUGAGUGAAAUUGUGUGCUUUUUCACUAGAAUGAGCAGAUAUCUUGCCAUUCUUUAUCAGUUAUUGUCACAUUGCUUUCAUUUUUUCAUCUUUCCUUCAUGUAUUCUUCGGAGUGCGCUUUCAUAGUGUUUAGUGUUGAGUGGAAAGUAAGAGUCAUAAGCACACCAACUUAAGAUUUGAAUAUCUCCCUCUUGCUGGUAUUACUUUAUGGUUUCUCUCCAGCCCGUGAGAGUAGAUCUAACCCAUGGAUUUUUUAGGCCAUCAAUAUAUCUUUAGAGAUUUUUAUCUAAUUGUACAUUGUACAAUUAAAUUGUAAUUUAGAUUCUAUAUCUUUCAUUCUGCUUCAUAGGAUGGGUCACACAACAGAGCUCUUAUCUGAGCUGAGAUAUAAUAUUUCUGUAAGGAUGAAAAGCACCAUCUCCCUCUAUCCCUUUAUAACGUUUCAAUCUUACUCUGGGUCUAUUUCCUUUCCAAAUGAACGUUGACUUAUCUUAUCCUAUUUCAAAGGGUGGCUUUUAGUAAUUAUGAUAGGAAGUGUUUGACAAAGGUCUAAGAACCUUGGUAAAAUGUUCAUUUUGUGAACAUUUCAAGUGACCAUUAAUUUUAACUUGAGAGCCACCCAAACAGCCUGUAGUUGUGAAAUGACCAUGAAAUGUGAAAAUGGUUGUGUUGGCAGGUGUGCAAUGAGUGAAUGUUGAUGUGGUUGAGAUUAGCAUGCACUCUCUGCCUGAAGGUUAUUGUCGAGCUUUGUUGAGUGUCAUGGUACUUUGGAGAUCUGAGUAUGGCUUUAUACUGUAACUGUGGCACUGAUUUGAGCGGGCUUAUUUAUACAUGAAGCAAAAAAGCAAUACAGAGCAAUAGAAAGCAAAGAAAAUAUACAUCCUAAUGAAAUAUGUUACGAAACUGCUCCUUUACUGUUCCCCUGGUGGCGUCUGUGCCCUCCUGUUGGUCCCCAUAAUAGAGGAACAUUAAAUGACAGUGCAGCCUUCUGUCAAACACAGACCACAAUCAGUUAUAUAAUAUUGGAUUCAUAUAACUUUUUACAGUAUUUCUACAACCCGUGGUUUUAUUAACUGCACUGGGAAGUCAAUAUUAUGUGGUCCAUCUUGGCAGGGAACAGCCUGUCCAGAUGGACGGGUGCGAUACACUUUCCCAAUUUAUUGCUCCGUGUUGCCAUAGCAGCAGCUGCAGGGUUCAUACUUUUUUUGUUUUGUAGAGUCUAUGAAGGCAACCACAGUGCCAAGAUAAAACGCAGAACAGACAAUAGGGGACUUGAGGUAAAUUCAGGUUAGAGUAUUUUAUUUGUACCCGAGGCUAGACUAGUUUUGUAGAGAGUGAUUCAGCUCCCUUUUGCACACACACACACACACACACACACACACACACACACACACACACACACACACACACACACACACACACACAGCAUCUGGACAGCCUUGAUAAUGAAAUGAUAGACAAUGGAUGACAGUGCUCAAGACUAAGAAGAGUAACCCUGUAAAGAAAUAGAAAAAGUAAAAAACAUGUUGAAUAAAAGCAAGAUAAAGAUAUAAAUGAACAAUCAGUAUAAACCAGAUAAUUAAAAACAAGAUUAAAUAAAAGGAAAGUCAAUAAAUAAUACAGAAUCUUUAUUGCUUUUUUUUCCAACAAAUUGAUUCAGAGUCAGAGUGACUGAUGGCUCCUGGAAUAAAACUAUCUUUAGUUUUACCAGCUAGUCCAAAAUAUUUUUGUUGAGAAAUAAGAAGAGGAAAUUCUCUUUUUAUUGAGUAGGAGUCAAUUUUUUGAAACAGUUCCAUCUGUCCUCUGUGACAGUCUGGUAUGCAGGGACUCUGGGUAAAAAUCUGAACCAUUUCAAAAUUUGAUGUUGAAGACAGCUUCUCUUUUAUAGAGACAGAAUCCUCCAUGACAAUGGGAAGUCUAUUCAGUCAUUAAGUCGUUAUGAAAGUGGUCAUGCAGACUGUGAUCACUGAAAUCAGACUUCAGGCUCCUUUUACAUGUACAUGGAUACUUUUAAGAAAAGUGGGCUAUAUUUUUUUUUUGGAUGAGACGUGGCCUCAGACACUCUGUGGGGACACAACAGAGGUUUUGGAAAAUGUCUUUUGAGGUGGAGAUUGUUAAGAAUAUGUUUUGUUCAUAAUCAUGAAGAUGGAUAAAAAAGAAGUUUCAGGGAAUGCUAUUUGUGUGAAUCACAAACGUGCAAAGAUGGUAGGCUACUGGUCUGUUUAUGUAAAUUCAGGACUAUAGCAGGUCCACAAGGGAACCUCACUGGUCUUUAAAAAAAUAAUUUGACAUCCAGAAUCAAAUGUCCAAAAUCAUUCAAAGCAGCUAUUGUCCACUUUAUGGUAAUUUGAGGAAGCAUUUGAAACUAAUGUCAAUAAUUGUAUACCAACAGCCUAAUGAAGUAAUAGUGAGUGUGUGGCACAUGUCCUUGUACCUAUGCAGCUGCACCUCGUUAAAUUAAGUUAUCGCCAUGGUAAUAAAUUCCAGAGGGGAGUGACUGUAACACUUCUGAACAUGGAUGGGAUGUAAUCAUGCAGACCCUGUUCCCCUUCUUAGCCAGCCCGCCAUAUCUACGUAGCUAAUACAGGUUAACGGGCUGCUCCCCUGUUAUUUUCCCAUCAGUCUUCACAGUUUUCCUCAGUUCAUUUUUCUGAGUGAUUUUGGGAAGUGCAUACCAGUACAAUAUAGUACAAUAUAGUACAAAAACAGAGAAUACUAAUCAUGAGAAAUCAGCGUUUACUUCAGUAGAUUUUAAAGCUUAUUGCUUUUUCAUGGGCUCUGCAGGAAAGCCCAAUAAACAUUGAAUACAUCCUCCGGCUUUUGUAUAAUAUUUCUAAUUGAGUUUUGGCUUCCUAAUGUUCUCUGCAGGAAAUCUGAUCCAGUUACUAAGAGGCAUUAUGUCUCUACACACAGCCCCCUCCUGUGUGUUUUACUGUUGUACAUAAAUAAAGGUUUAGAUGUUAGACGCGAAGUGAGCUCUACAAUUCCAGUUUCUCACAGUUUUUCUCCUUAAAUUGCGGACUGAUAGUAAUUAUUGUUUUUUUAUUUUCUUCUUUUUGAAUGAUUUUGCACAUGACGCCCUGCUUGAGUAUUGUAUAGUAGCUGCAUUUCCUUUGGUCAUGGCUAAAUGGUCUUCUUGUUGCAUCUUUUCAGUUUCUGCGUGUGGCUUUCUGCUGGUGCUGCCCUGGCUUGUCAAGAAGCAAAUUUCUCUUUGUGACUUUUGUGGGAGUUGUUUCAGGCCACAUUUCUUCUUUCUUGUUCUUUUCUAUUCUCCCUUUCUCUUCUCCUCCUUAUCGGUUCACAUUUCUCCUUUUUAUUUGUCCCUUAUUAUCGAUUUCCCCAACCCUUCUUCCUGUACACACACACACAUCCUGUGCUCCCUCCCGCCCGUCCGACAGACCUAUCCGAUUACAAGAACAAUAACAAUAAAGGCCAAGCAGUGAAUCAAAGGGAUGAUCUCUCCACAGUGACCAAUGCCAUGACGGGGAUGAGUCCCUCUCCGUCACUCUCAGCCUUGUCCAGCCGAGCCGGAUCAAUCGCCAGUCUGCAUGACCGCAUCAUGUUCAGCCCAGGCAGUGAGGAGGCCAUUGAGAGGCUGAAGGUGAAUACUGGAUAAUAUUGCCAAGCAGUUCAUCUCAUACACACACUGCACUGGCAGCACAGCAUGGAUACACAAAUGCUCAUUGGCUGCACAUUGUCAAAUCAUGAAGUUUUUGAGUUCAUAAUCUUCUCUGCAGUCAAACCAAAAGGGUGGUCAUAUUCGCUCUUUUGCCAUCUCAUGAAAAUACAAACAAUGUGUUUGCCUGUUUGUCAAUACUAUCUGACUUCUACAGGCUCAGUCAUUUUUCUUCACUGAAGUUUUUGACUGGAAGAUUAAUUAACUGCAGCAGGAUUGGAGCGAGAUGAAUAUGAAUGAGAAAAUCAGUAAUCCAGUAGCAGUACUUUUAUGAGCAGCAGCAAAAUACUGCCCUUAAACUUUUGAUAUUAUACAGUUAUAUUUUUUUACAUUCUUUAUUUUUUUAUUAAAAUUAUUAUACAGCUUAUUUUUACAGUAAAGGCACACGGUGGUGUUUGACAAACCUCAUACAAACAGCAUGUUGAUUGAGAAUCUGUUUUAAGUUAUUUCCAUCAAAAGCAUCUAGAACUUUUUUCCCCAAAAGCUACUUAAAGGCUGCGAUUUAAUUUUCCUCUGCUUUUUGAGGACUAGAUUAGGAGUAUUAGUCAGCUGAUAUAUGAAAAGUAAAAGCCCCAGACAACGGUUAACACUAGUUACCCUCAUGUAAUUAUUAAUUUAAAAAAAAAAAAAAAAAACAGUCCCAGCUGGGUUAAGUUUUUCCUGUGCUGGCAGUGUCUAUUUUAUAUACAGCAUAAAAGUAGUUGAAUGUUUAGAGCACUCACUGUCUGCUUAGUGAAAACCACUCCUCCAUCCUUCGAAAUAAAGAAGGGGUAAGACUUGUGAUGUCAACUUUAUUAACAACAGCCACAGAGUAGCAGUUAAUCUGGCUUGUUAUUGUAAAGGUGUAACACACAUGUCUAGAGCUUCUGCCAACACUAGUAAAAUGUGUUUAAAUAAAAGCACAUAUGAAGCAUACAAAGCAAUUUAAAACAGACUGAAGGUCAAAACUGAGGGAGGCAGAAGAGCUGCUGGAUGACUCUUAUAACUGAGUAACAAUGAAAACCUUUUAGAAAUGAAGUUCAUGGACAUGACCCGCAUAAAAAUAAGUUAAGUUAGGUUUAAAAACAUUUACUACUUCCCAUUACCCAGUAUAAUACUUGUUGUUUUUAAAGGAUAUGAUACUAAUGAAUACGGGCCACUCUGUCAGAGCACUGAUAAAACCCAUAUCAAAAUGAAGCACAUAAAGAAGUAUUUCUGGCCUGUCAACAAAUAUACUUAACUUCAGUGUUGAAUGAUUUACUUCAGCAGAGCAGUCUUUCUUCAUAAUACUCCUAAUAUUAACAGGAUCAUAACACUGCACGUGAGAUUAAGUCACAAUAAACCAUCACACUUAAGGGCUGUAGUCACUGAAACAGAAUAGAUCAUAAUCCUGUUACAAGAUAAUGUUUGUCAGUUGGAUCAAAUCAUGUUUAGUCUUUUUAUUAGUUUAUUUUGUCAAAUAAGCACAGGGCACAGUCCCCAGACCUGUUCUUGAACCACUGUGAAAUUAAAUCAUUGCUGUCUUUCGUAAUUUCAGGAAACAGAGAAAAUCAUUGCUGAACUCAAUGAGACCUGGGAGGAGAAACUUCGCCGAACAGAGGCCAUUAGAAUGGAAAGGUGAGAUGAGAUAAAUCCAUUUUUUUUACUUUAACCACAAAAACUUUCUUGACAUUUCGGUUUUCAGAUAGAAUCUACAAAAACAACUUGAUUGAAUGAUUUUUAUAAUUAUUAUUGACAAUGAAAUGGUAUAAAAACAGGCUUUUUCAUAUGGAGAGACCUGACAUAUGGAUUUUUGUGUAAGAAGUGUGUUGAUAGAUUAUGAAAUAGUAUAACUCUAUCCAUUAUGCUGUUUGUAUUUCUUAAAUCCAAAUGUCUUAAACAUGCCUUUCACAAUGCAAAAAACAAAAUAUACAUUUGUUUUCCUUUGGAUCCAGGUUUAUUUGCUGAAAAAAAAAAAUCAUUGAAUGUGAGACAACUGUAUUUUUGUUGCAUUUUUUAAACCCAGCUGUUUGAAAUAAAUAGCAUUGAUGUAUAAGGCGUCCUAGAGGCUAGAGCUUCAUAUUAUGUGUCCAACUCUCAUUCACAGAGAGGCUUUGCUGGCAGAGAUGGGUGUAGCAAUGCGAGAAGAUGGUGGAACUGUUGGUGUGUUUUCUCCUAAGAAGGUAAGACAAAACAAGACUCCUCAAAAAAUCCUUUUUAUUUAAUGUUCAAGGUUUAAAUUCUUCUGAAAAUGCUUGUUUAUUUACCCUAAAAGCUCUCGGAUAGCCCUAGAAAGCCCCAGCCUGUGUUUAUCGACACAGUGGGUCUGUUUUCCCCCAAUGAGGUUUGUAGCUGUGAAGUGUUUCAAGCUGUCUCCUUCUUCGAUUGCUCUGAGUCUCUCUCUGACGCCGGGCAGAUCAGUUGAGGGUUUUCUUUUUCAUUAAAUGUUAUCUUAAAUCUACUUCAUUACUCACUUCAAACACUCCCCAAAGGCAGCAAUGGGUGUAAACAUGGGGGAAAAGAUAAUGGCAGCGCCCCCGUUUCAGUAAUUUAUGGCUGUUUGCCUGUAGCCUCUAACAUCUGACUGAGGCUUCAUUAAACUCUCAUGCUGUGGAGCUGUGGGGAGUGAAGCUGACUGCAUGGUUUGAUUGUUUGAUGUUUCUUACUGAGGGAGAUGACUUUGCAGCUCUUUGAUGUGCAGUUUAUGCAUAUGUUAUACUGUAAAUAACAUAUGGUUAAUGAAUGUUUCAUAUGAAUGUCCCUCAAAUGUCUCUAGUUAGUUCAUUUUUACUUGGUCUUUCUUAGACCCCUCAUCUGGUGAACCUGAACGAGGAUCCCCUGAUGUCUGAGUGUCUGCUGUACUACAUUAAAGAUGGGAUCACCAGGUCAGACAUUUGAAGAUGGUACAACUGAUUAAUAUGCAAAGGAUGACAUGUUAUGUGUGUUCAUUUUAGCGUUUACACAAUAAGCCAUCUCUAGACUUGUAGGUUUUUUACAUCUCUAACGUCUCCAACCGUUACUCAUCUGUUUUUGUCUCUUUUCUCUCUUCCACAAUGUUAAUUAACUGUUGUCAGAUUAACCAGACUUGAUAUGACUGCUGUUAAGUUGUAUCAAUAGUAACAGUGUGCUGACAAUAACUCACCCUUGAUAUAGAGAUUUGAUCAAUCAGAACCAAGUACUUCACACAGCUCUGUAAGAGAAAAGAUUGAGGCAUUACUUCAGUUUUGUUGUUUAUUUUAUUACAUUAAUCAUGGCAAAAAAAUGGCUCCAUAAAAAAUUUGCGCAGAUAAAUAGAAGUCUGACUUCAUAUGUCAUUUAUCAUAUGAAGUGUGUCCUUUUUAAAUAUUAAACGAAUGACAUAAUCUGGUGGUCGUACCCAUAAAAGUGUUGAUGUUAAAUUUUUCUAUCAUUUUGAAAACGACCAGGAGAGUCGAACUGUAACGUAAUGUGAUGAGUGUUGUUAAAUUGACUUUUAAAUCACUGCUGGUUCUCUCAAACCAUCUCUGUUUUCCAGGGUGGGUCGUUUGGAUGCCAGCAGUCGUCAGGACAUUGUCCUCAGUGGCCACUUCAUCAAAGAUGAGCACUGCACCUUUACCAGCUCCUCUGGUCCAACUGGAGAGAGUGGGUGUUGUCUUUAAUUUUCUGAUUGGUUGUUAUUGCAUACGUCUGAGUUUAUUAUUGGCAGACAGUACAUUAAGCUUCGAGCUGAAUUUUUGUUGCAGCAGUUGUCCUGGAGCCAUGUGAAGGAGCAGAGACUUAUGUGAAUGGAAAGAGAGUGACAGAGCCCUUGGUCCUCAAAUCAGGUCUGUACACCCCCUCUGUGAAUUUCAUCUUUCUUUUCAUUUUUCACAACUUUUGGCUUCAACAAUUUUUUGCCUUGACUUCUUGAAUGAUAGUUAACCUUUAGUUAGGGUGAGAUAUACUGUAAAAAUCCCUAUUCUGCCCCAACAGUAGAUCAAGGUGCAUUGUAGGUUUGAUUUUGAGUACAAUGGGUUCAUUGUGGGACAGGUUUUCCUGACCUUUGUUGGAGAAACACUUUUUGAUUUGCCUCAUAUACCAAGGCACAAUGUUUUUCAGCUUUUCUGUAUAUCCUUUCUGAAGUCUGACCUAUCUCAGUGAAUCGGUUUUCACUUUACUCCCUUCAGUUUUGCCCUCAAGUCCAUUUGGACCCAAGGGCGAACUGAUUAGAUUGUAUUAGUCAGAAGUCAAAGGUUAAGGCACACUGACCUCUCAUUUGUCUAAUUCUUAACUGUCCGUUUUCUCAGAAAUGCCAGGUUUUUCACUGCGUCGCAUUGAUAGAUAACUUCCCCUGCCUUAGAGAUCUGACAGAUUCUCUUUUGCUGUAUUGUUCCUUUCUUUCCCUGCACAAAGGAAACCGCAUUAUCCUUGGAAAGAGCCAUGUGUUCAGGUUCAACCACCCAGUGCAGGCAAGAGCAGAGAGGGAGAGGACCCCAUGUGCUGAAACCCCCUCUGAGCCCGUCGACUGGGCCUUCGCUCAACGGGAGCUGCUGGACAAACAGGGCAUUGACAUGAAACAAGAAAUGGAGCAGAGGUACUUUAUGAUAAUGUGAACUAAAUUAAUGUUGGUACUUUAAAAACAUUACACCAAGUGCUUUGAUAAACCAAGAAAAAAGUAGGGUAUUAAGAAAGCCAAAACAAAAGAAAGUCAACAAAUAUGCUAAAAGCUAGAUGGCCAUCUCCUGAAAACAGUGUAGAGGAGACAGAAGGACAGUGAAGGAUGAGGUAAAAGAAUAAAAUAAUUUAUAAGAUAACAUCCGAUGGACGGAAGUAUGUUUCAAAAACUGGAGUUAGGAAAGUCUUAAAAAGAGUCGUCUUUUUCUGACUAAUCUCUCUGAACAGGUCAACUCAAACCUUAAGCCUGCGUGUCACCUUUAGAUUUAAGCCUCGCCUCUGGUACAGUCACAAGAGCCCCAACGACAGAGCUGGGGCGCUCUGCAGCACUGGGCUGUGCCCUGACAUGAGCAGUAAAUUCCAAAUAUAAAUCAGUUCUUUAUUCAUAUGGAAGCAAUGGGAUUCAGGUGAUGUGGUAUUAUGUGUCUGUCUCGUGCAUAGGCGGAGUCUCAAUGAUGUCACUCAUGGUUAAAAAAAAACUAAAAAAAAACUUACUUUGCUACUGGAAACUGGAAAAAAAGCUGGAGUUGAUUAUUUUCUACUUGGUAAAUGGCUGCAACUCACCCACCUGCCAGUCAAAUCAGCUGAAUGUCAAACAUAAUUCUUGGCAUGACUUAUACAUAACUUUUGGCCUGAAUGAAUCAAAACAGGUGAGUUACAAAAAAUGGCAAAAAAAAAAAAAAAAAAUACAGUUGUCAGGAUAAGAAGACAAGAGAAUAGGGACCACAGCCAUUUUCCCUGAUUUUUUAAGCAAACCUCAAGUGGACACUCAAGGAACUGCAUUUUUCACACUUCCAUAUUUGCCAUAAUUUUGUUUCUUGGUAAAACCCUCUGAGAAACUGAGUGAAAAUGAGCCACCCAUUUUUGCCUUAUCAAGAAAUGUUGAGGAGGAAUCCGAUUUGGACUCACUCCUUUUUACUGAAGAUUCGGAGGCUAAAAAGGAAACAAGAGUUACAUACUUUUUAUUCAAGUUGUGAUGGAUGCCACAUGAUUUGGGUCUAUAACAAAGAGCAGCAAAAUCUGUGACACACUGCUCCAGAAACUUGUUGCUGAAACCAAAGUGAAUGAAUCACCUGCCUGUGUGCAUGUCCUCAGGCUGCAGGAGUUGGAGGACCAGUACCGCAAAGAAAGAGAGGAAGCCAACAAUCUUCUGGAGCAGCAAAGACUGGUACAGCAAUAAGCAGCUUUGUUUUGAUGGUCCCAUCAGUUUACCAUUGACUGCAUGAUAAGAAUGUAUAUCUAGAUUUUCUUUAAGUAUUUGCAUGUAUUUUACCUGAUGUACUGUAUAUGUGUUAAAUUUACUUGAUUGAGUAUCAAAACUAUGGAAGUACCACGACACCAUCUUUCUGUGUCUUUUUGGUUCUUUCGAUACUGUAUGUAAAUGUACAGACUGUUAACUCUCUGAUAUCUGUUCUUAAAACACCACUCUUUAAGUUAAUAUGCCAUGAGCAUGUUUGUUGACAUAAUGUUGACUUGAAUGAAUUGAAUAAUUGUCCAGGAUUAUGAGAGUAAGCUGGAAGCUCUACAGAAGCAAGUGGAUCGUUACUACCCCGAGGCCACUGAAGAAGAGGAAGAGCCGGAAGAGGAAGGUAGUGCAAAUAGACUGACACAUAUAUCACACAUAUAUGGUAUGAUUCUAAAGAGAUAUUCCAAAAACGCUGAGUAAUAUCCUUUUUUAAUGACAGUUCAAUGGACAGAGAGGGAGAGAGAGCUGGCUGUGUGGAGCUUUCGAAAGUGGCGGUGCUACCAGUUCACCUCUCUGCGUGACCUGUUGUGGGGAAACGCCAUCUUCCUCAAGGAGGCAAACGCCAUCAGUGUUGAGCUGAAGAAGAAGGUCCAGCGUGUUAUCCUUUAUUACUGUCCUUGUUAUAUUAUAUUAUUAUUACUAUUUAUUAGAGUCCUUUACAUCUGCUGGUUGAAUAUUUAUCCAACUAUAAUGAUGCUUUUUAUGUCUCUUCAGGUUCAGUUCCAGUUCACCUUGCUCACAGACACCCUGUACUCCCCUCUGCCUCCUGACCUGCUGCCACCAGAGGCCACUAAGAACAGAGAUAUACGGCAUUUCCCACGCACCAUUGUGGCUGUGGAGGUGCAGGAUCAGAAAAAUGGAGCCACUCACUACUGGACUUUAGAAAAACUAAGGUAUGAUGUAUACAUGCAACAUAGUCUGAGGAUGUUUAUAUCUAAUAAUGUUUUCUGUGUAUAAGUGCUUUGUAUAAAUCAUAUUAAAGCUGGCAAGUUAGAAAAAUGGAUAUAGGGGAUAUCAAAGAGUAGAAAAAAGAGACCACGAAAUAGAACAAAUAGAAUUAAUGAAGUAAGUCUAAGUCUGGAAAAAAGGAUAUUUUGCAAAAUCUAGAUAACCCUUCAAAUAAGAAGAACGUGAUUUGCAGAUCUGACCGAUGAGGGUUAAUAAAUUGGAUUCGUACCACAGUGUCUUUUUUAGGCAUAUCAUUACAAGAAGUGCAGUGUUUAAAGUCAGAGCAGAAUGACUCAAUCAUUGCAUCUUCUUGCAGGCAGAGACUCGAUCUCAUGAGAGACAUGUAUGAUCGUGCUGCUGAUGUGCCCAACAACACCUCUGAAGACUGUGAAAAUGUGAUGACUGGAGGAGACCCCUUUUAUGACAGAUUCCCCUGGUUCCGUCUGGUUGGCAGGUAAAUGCUGAAGCCCCAUUUCUCUGGUGUAUACAGCACAUAGACACUCAGGGAAGACAUUCAUACUGGACUCAAAUAGAGGUCAAUAGCAGCCAGACAACAGAUGUCCACUGUGCUUUUCUAUUCAAGGUAAUGGGAGACUGUAAAUGUCACAUGCUGUGCAUAAAAAGUAAGGACGAAAACCAGCAUGAACUAAUCAGCCUUCAUCCUUAUUGCAGGGUUUCUGUAAUUAUAUGCUGUAGUCUGUGCUGUGUCGACUUCAAACUAUCAUUAAAUCUCUCCACAGCAACUAAAUCAGGGACAGGUAUCAGAAGGAUUUCAUCCUUCCAGAUAAUGCCAAUUAAUUCUGAUUAGUUUUACCAUAUUGGUAGUAAUUGGUACUCUUGUUCUUUCUAUCAUAUCAUCAUUUAGAGAAAAAAAUAAAGACAUGAAAAUUCAUUGAAAAGUAUAGCAUUUUUGAUUGGAGCUUCUCUAGUCACAAAACUGGACAAUCACCAUGAUUUAGUGGUCAGAAAAAAAGACCACUUCCUUAAAAAUAGAUCAAACUACUAAGGCUGGAUCUGGACUGGAUUAAUAUUAUCAGAGAACCUCUGUAUGUCCAGAAGUAAGAAAGAUUAUUUGCUGCACCGGAACUUCCCUUUAACAAAUUACAAAUCCAUACAGGUCCAUUUGCUCAGGAUUAAAAACACAGACGUCUUCUGCAACCGUUACACGUUAUCAGAGGUCCCCAGGUAAUACUAAUCCUGAACCAAAAAGGCUUAACUAUCCACAGAAACAUUUAUGUGAGCCAUGUGUUUAACCUGCAGUUUAGUGUGGCUCAUCCCAUCUGCAACAUUUAGCCAACAGGAAUGAGAGAACACAGUGGUCAUAAUGCUUAUAAGAGCAUUAACAUAUCACCGUGCAGUCAGACGCUUGGCAUUGAUUCAUUGCUUUAUGAAAUGUUGAACUGAAGUUUUAUCGUUGUUGCUGUUGCCACACUUAUCAGGUGAAACUCUUUUUUUACACGAAUUGUACUGGUGUUAAAUUUGAUAAAGUAUUCUAAAACUGAAGCUAGUGACUUCAUCAUUACGUGGGGUCAUAUGCCAUCUUUAAGGGAAGAAUGACAUGAAAUUUUGAAAUACAGUUGGUGAGGGUAAAGAAACAACAACAGCACUUUUUUACAGCGUGGCCAUCUGUACUUUCUGCCCUGACCAAUUUUACAGGUACCAAAAAAUACCAGUUCUUGAAUCCCCUCUUCUUCUUUCUUUGCAUGAAGGACUUCAAAUGUUCAGUGCCGUACCUUUUAACCCUUAAUGCUGUCAAUAUCCAACAAAUGUUGUGUGCUUUGCAGGUGAUUGAAGCUGGAAACAUGUUUUUCUCCAAACUAUGGUCUUACAGGUUUGAUACAGAGAGGAUUUGACAACCAAUUGUUGAUGCUGGGCCUGUCUCUCUUUAAAUGGGAAAAAUCGUCUUUGAAACAUUUCAGAUUGAUGUUUCUUCAGCCCUCCCACUCAAAGCCUGCUGUUUCCUUCUCUCCUACAUUGGCACACAGCCUCUCAGUCUCUCUGCCAAACUCUCUCCAUGUCUCCCUCCCUGUCAUUUUCUCCAUCUCUUGCAGACGGGUAGCACACACACAGUCACAUGGCUCUCUUACGUAACAUUCAGCAUAUCGAGCUUUUAAUGUCAUUAAGCCCCUGCAAGACAAGCAGAAAUGAUCAUGCAGUAAUCUGCAAAAUGUCUCCCUGAAAUAUGUUGUUUAUCAGCUCAUUUUGACCCCCUAUUUAUAAACUCUGAAGGCACCACAGGAUAACAGUUUGAGGCCAAUUGCAGCUCACAUAAUAAAAAUUAGUUCCCUAGAUAAAUAAUGUAUCAGCGGUAAGCUGAAGCUGGAUUUGCAGGUCUUUUUUAGAAGUGUCUUUUCAUCCAAACCAGCAAACACAAGUAAUAACAUCCUCAGUGUUAAAUUAGGGUCUUAAACAUAAACACCAGCAGUAAUAAUGUUUGUUGACAGUAAGAUGCUACUGUUCAUGGUUGAUUUCAGGAUUAUUUUUUAUCCUGAUAAAACAAAAAUAGACUUGGAAUAUUUAACUUGAUAUGCCACAAUUAUAAAAAUAUUUAAAUUUUUUCCAUUUUGAAUUAACAAUGACAAAAACUAGUUAGUGUAUCAUACUCAUCACAAUGCAAUAUCUAAAAAAGGUAGGAACAAUAUCCUAUAUAUUAUCAAGCAUGUUUCCCAUAUGCAGUGUAGUUGGAAAGUUUGCAUAAAAUGAAAAGUAAAAGUUUUUAAAAAAGGCAUGAAAUAAUACAGAAAACUAUAUAUUUAAAAAUGCUUUAACAGAACCAGUAAAAUGAAAUAUGAAAUAUAGCUGCAAAUGAAAUCAGAACAAUGCUGCUGCGGAGGUAUACUUAAUAAAUAAAGACACAUUAGGAAACCAAAAUGCCUUUAAUCUGAAGAGUUUCACACAGAAAUAUCUUUUCAAUGCCUAAUUAUGUUUUAUUUAAGUAUUUUUGUCAAGAGGAAAUGAUCUAAGAUUUAAACAUCUGAUCCUGCUGUUGAUCUUGUUUACUCAUGAUGAAAAGCAAACAGUGUGUCUGAUAACAACCCUGAACACUACAGCUCUGUUUGAGUUAAGAGAUCACUCCAAAUGUUUCCUUAAACUCAACCUCUACAUGCAUUCAACUCCAGUGUCAGGUGAAUUAAACAAACUUUACUUUAUUUUAUUAUGUACUGAUUUAGUGAACAUGUGACAAGUCAUCAGAAAAUGCCAAGUAGCUUGAACUUUUUCGCUGUGAGUGGUAAAACAUCACCUGACUGCAGCUUGAGAAACUAAUGAGAAGUACACCAUAGGAUACAGCUGAAAUUACAGAUCAGGGUUGCUUGCGAGCAAUUUUUGUUCUUUUUUUGCUUAAUUCUUUGCAUGGUUUGAAAAAUUCUGUAUCUCUUUGUUAUAGUGUAACUCUCUGCAAAUAGACCUGAAUGAGACUGUUAUACGAGGCAGUCAGGAAAAGUAAGGAAUAUACCUUACAAUUAAAUGAGAGUGUCUGUUGUAUGCAAACACAAACCUGUGAAUGAACUAGAGAAAAUAUGUUUUUGCAGUGGUUUCUUAGUUUUUCCAGAGCUGUAUAUUGGGGCAGGUGUUGUGAACAGCAGUAAGAAACUGACCUACUGCCAGGUUAGCCUGAAGUAAAACAUGAUUUUCUCCAAAACAGCCAAUCAAAUUCAUUCAAUGAGUCCACUUAACCAUACAUUUUCAUUUCUACAAAUAAGAACAUAAACAGGAGACUGCGAAUAGUUCUCAUCAUGUUAAAUAAAGUUCUUCAACCACUUUGAAGGUCAGGAAAAAAAUUGCUCAUUUUAGUCUCAACAUCAACCUUUAUCUUGCCUAACAAUCCACUGUCUGUCAUCUGUGUCUCUUCUGUAAGUCUGCUGUCCACCAAACAUCGGACAGCAGACAUGUGAAGUAGAUACGAACGGAAGACUCUGUUCAAAGUUAAGCAGGUUUUCUCUUGAGGUCCAAUCUUUACAGCUCUCCACCAGCCUCCUUGUUCAAACAACUGUGUGCUUUCUGUCUAUCUGUACUAACCUAGUUCCCAUGUCUCUGGCUGCACCAGAAACCCCCUUUUCAACACAUGCAUGAGCGAGCGCAUGAGUGACCCCACCCCGUCCUCGUCCCUCUCCAACUCUGAAAUUACUGAGCUGGUCGACUCGCAGCGUGAGGGGCGAGGGGAGUUGGAGGAGUUGGAGGAGUUGGAGGACCUGGACGAUGAUAUCUUUUUGGACGACCCGUGCUUGGAGCUCGGGGGAGAUGAUGAUGAGGAUGAUGUUGAUGAUGAUGAUGAUGAUGAUGAUGAGAGGGAGCUCUGCCGAGGCUCCAGUGAAGGCCAGGAUCCCUUUUACGACCGCACACCUAUAUUCAGUGUAGUGGGAAGGUUGGUGAGGUUUCAGGGAGCAUGCUGGUGGAGGAAACUAGCUCUUUCACGCUGAGAUGCAGGGUCUGUUUCCCUCGGCAAACAUCAGCACAGAUGAAAACACAAUCACGAUACAGUCAAAGAAGUCUUCUCUCACUAAGUCCUCUGUGGUUGACUGGGUGUGCAUGUCCACAUGGAAAAAGCCAAACUGAAAACAGUUGCAGAAUAUCUUUUGCUCUUAUAUGUGGUACACAGCAGUGUUUUUUGUUUUUGGUUGCUUUUAUUUACACAUUUGUUUUGGUACUUUUAAACAUUAGUUACAUCAAAAAUAUGAAGUUAGGGGAUUAUAGUAGGAGUGUGGCAGUGGAGAUUUGAAAAAACAAACCAACCUUUACCUUUUUAAUGAUUACAAUGUCAGUCAAUCAUCUUCCUUGAGUAAAACUCUUGUUGAUUAAAUUUCAGCUUUAUUUUGACAUAAUUUCAGGUCUUGAUGUUUUUUUUUUAUAAUCCUGAGUGACAAAUGCACAUGAUCAAACUAGGUACACAAAAAGUACAACAUUUCGUGACCAGUAGGCUCCUACCCAUUUUCAAACUCACUGACAACUAAACAAAAAAGAAAGCUAUAGAUAAAAGUGUUAAAUUAGGGCAGAACUUCUUUUAUAAAACAAAAAUUCAGGAAAAUAUUGGUCUUUUGAAUCAUCAGAGCCGAUUUUUAAAAGCAUUUGUUAACUUGUCUCACACAAUUGUGAAGGUAUCUUGUUUAUUCCAACUCAGGGGUUCCUAUCAUCCCCGAAAUAUCACCCAGAAAUUGACAUUACAGCAACACAAAAGAACACAACAGCUAAGCAACCAAAACAGUAUUUUUAAGGAUUUUAAACAAAUGCUAGAUCAGAAUUCAUCUUGUGCAUUAUUGUUUAGACAAACAAUAUUUAGUAUGCUUUUCUUCAGGUAUGUCAGUGUGCAUCACGGUUGCUAAAGCCUUGGAUGCAGAUUUUAGCCAGUCUGCAGAAAAUUAGCUUACCUAAGUGCUUAUGUUGCUGUGUUUUCCUUUGCUGCUGCUGAUGCUUUUGUUUCUGUGUGAUCACCUCCAGGUUUUGGGGGCAACAAAGAAAAGUAGAAAACCAAUGACACAUUUAGUUUGCAAAGUUUAAUCUAAGAGCUGAAUUCUGUUUUUGUACUUUUUUUAAAAAUACUAGACAAAAUACACCAUGAUGGACGUCCCCUCCUCCUACUUUAAUAUGAAAGUGAUGCCAAAAUGUUCCCCAGACUUCUUGCGCUUGUGCUCUUGCUCAGUAAAGUCAGAGCCUGUGCAGCAGGUCUGUAUGCUGGAGAAGCCAUUGCAUAGACUUCCUAAUUAAGAUGCUCAUUCACUACACAUAAAGAUCACACAGGCCGGCACAGUCCACAGUGUUAGAGCUUACUGAGUCAUGGAAAGUUCAGUGAUGGUUGGAUUUUAUCAUGCCAAUUUUCUUCUCUGUUUUUCUGUUGCACUCUGCAUUGGAGGAGUUGCAUUUGUCAGCAGGAUGGUCAAUCAUGGAGUUACACCCCUUUAUAAUUUGAAUUUAUUCAGAGCUAACCAGUCAAGGAUAUGAACAGCAUGAUCCGAACUAGCUAUAAUUAAAUCAUGUUUGAACAAAAAAAUGUUCACGUGAAGUGUGACCCAUGUCUCUUCAUCUACUAACAUGGAGAAGAGCUUUAAGACCUGUACAGCAGCCAUUUAGUCCGAUAGCUCUAGACAUUGAGCUUUACCUGAGAGGGGUUUUGUUUGCUGAGCUUUUUUCCCUUGUUUAUUCCUCAAAAUAUCCUGAGAUUAUGCAGAUGGUGGGAAAAAAAAUUACAUUCCUCUUUAAUCACCUCCCGUUUGAGCAGUAGUUCAAGUCAUGUAGCCAUAAAGUCUCUAUUCCCUGCCUCAGUUUUCUCUGUCUCUGUGUCUCAUGAUAGUGAAAGACGCAUGUUUUCAAAUGUCAAACCACUACACAUAUUUAUUUUCAAACCUGACACUGAGUUGACUCUGGAGUAGACAUUUCUGGGCCCCAGGGUUAAUCCUUUGCUUUCUAGCUUAAAUCUCAUCAGCUCUGAUUAUUGCUGAUUUUUUCUUUUUUCUUUUGCUUCACUAACUUAAACUAAGCGCUUCUACUGCUUAUUACAACCUUACAUAAAAGGGCUUUUUUAUCAGCCCAGGGUGGUUCAGUUCAUAUCACUUGUUUCCAUGGAAAUCCAAGCAAAGUUGAUGCUCAACGGCUGCUUGAGGUGUGUGUCUCACUUUUGUGUGGCUAAAUGCAAACUAACGGCUUUAAAAGACAAUCAUUCACCAGCGAAAGCACUGACAUGUCUCAUGGAGUUUAUUCAGGUCUUAUUUGCAUAACACAACAGAAAGUGUUGCCACGCUGUGAAACCUUAAAAAGCACGAAAGAGUUUGAUGAAAAUUGCUCUUAUGAAACAGCAAAGUGGUGUUGAAGGAAGACUCCAAAUCUCAAGAUGAAAGAGCUGGUUUCUACUGCAGCUGUCUCUUUUAGGCAUGCCAGAGCACAACUUGUUUUAUUUUGACCUUUUUUUCUUUUGUCAAUUUUGACUUGAAUACGUCUGAUGAUGAACUCGUGCCCCCUCCUUUGCACAAUCGAUCACUUCCUUCCAGGAGGUGCACUUUGAUUUCAGAUGUCAUUCGUUGUUUUUUGUGUAGCAUCAAAUCUAUGGAGCUGUUGGCAGUUUUUUUUUUUCCUUCCAGCUGGGCCUUGUUACUUUUGAUGAUUUCUGUUGCAUUUGCUUUGGAUUCCUUUGAGUCGAGACGUUUUAAAAGCAUUUUUCAUUCAAGUUGUUUUGUCCUGAGCAUGCCUUAUUUGCACCUCACCAAUCUUGUCAUUUGCCUUUAUUUUUAACACUCCACCCUUAAAUGUCUACCCCGAUUGGCUCAUGGGAAACGUGGUCCCUAGUUGCUGCGGUGAUGCAGCUAGAAAAGCAAGAAGGGAAAGAUAUCUAGUGCAGUUUUUCCCACAUAAAUACUGUACUAAGUUUAUCAUUGGCAUUACCCUUCAAGUAUUUGAAACUGAAAGCAAAAGUGCCCUAAGUUCAUGUCCUGGCUCCUUGGAUUUGGUCUGUAAUGUGGUGUUUUCAUAUCGUGGCACUUCUAUGAUGAAUUUGUUGAUGCAGAUGAUAAUAAUCUUUUAAUUUUACAGAAGCUUUGAUUUAAGAAUCAGACGUAUUGCUCCUAAAGAAACAUCAACCACCCAGCUUAGAAGCUCAUUGGUUGCUAGUAUUGAAAAUAACUUCCCAACAUUGACCCUUACACACAUGCUCCUCAGCCUCACCAAGCUCUCAUCAAUGCAAUCCUAAAUUGAAGGAAUUCUGCAUGCAACCCAUAGCUGUCUUGAAGUUUUUAUGAUUUACUGAUGGUCAGGAAAAGCCCCUACAGAGCGAUAGUAAAGGGCAGCCAUGGCCAUCGCAAGAGCAGUCCCAGCUUCUGUUUGGUUGCUUUGCAGCUCUGUGUUCUGUUGUCCAGUCACCGUCCAGUCCAGUUUUAUCAAGUCUUGGCCAUCUCCUUGACUUUUGUACCGUAUCUGAUUUUUCUUCUUUCUCUUUCUCCUCCCCUGCCCCCUUUUUAGGGCUUUUGUUUAUCUCAGUAACCUGCUGUACCCUGUUCCUCUUGUCCACCGCGUUGCUAUUGUCAGUGAGAAAGGAGAAGUGAAGGGCUUCCUCAGAGUGGCAGUGCAGGCCAUAUCAGGUAAGGCUCUGACCCUCACUCCUGUGCAGACAAAGGGCAUGCAGGGAUUUGAAAGGGCAGGCUGUGUGUGACUUCUUGAGGGAGUGAAGUGAAGGUGCUCUGUGUUUCCCUCCAGCUGAUGAGGAAGCUCCCGACUAUGGCUCCGGAGUGAGGCAGUCCGGUACUGCCAAGAUCUCAUUUGAGGAUCAGCAAUAUGAAAAGGUAAAGAUAAUCACAAAACAAACAGGGAUAUCUUUUUUUUUUCUUCCCUGUUGACAAGUUUGUGUUGCAUCUUUCCUCUGUAGUUCCAGUCAGAGACCUGCUCUGUAGGCCUGUCCCGUACAGGGGUCUCCCAGGAGGAGCUCCGAAUUGUGGAGGGUGAGGGACAGAACGCAGAAAUGGGACCAUCAGCUGAUGAGGUCAACAACAACACAUGUGCGGGUAAUUUUUUCUUAUGUGUGAAUGGAUGAUUGUGUGUUCAGGUAAAGUGUGCGUAUGUGUUUGGAGUUUUAACAGUGCUUUAACACAAGAAACGCCAAGGAGGUAUUUUUUACCCCCUGCUGUUGUUCAAAUGCUUGUAUUUCUUUUAAAAUGAAAGCCCUACAUCUUUAAGUCCAUGAAUUUUCCUAAAAUGCAUUUAUAAAUCAUUCAGUGAUUUUGGUGAGCAUGUGAUAAAAAUUCAAAUAAAAUUGACCGUUUUUAUGUAGAACUGUCAAGGGGGGUCAUUUUGACCCAUAGCUCCAAUAGCGUCAGUCAUGCUACAAUAUAAUUUCUAGAAUGUGUCAGGUGACUUAUUCUCAUCUAUUUUUAAAGUAAUAAUGGAGACUCUGCAAAAUAAGUGUUUAAAAUACAUGUUUUUUUGUGCAUGAAGUGCCCACGUGCAGUUUGUGGACAGUGCACAAUCAAGUGCUCAAGUGGAAAACCAUAGUCUGAGGCAGGGAGAGCAGCAGCAAAGACUCCCAGGGUACAGAGCAGGCAUCAGUGAGGAUGACACAUGUAAAAUUAGACAGAGCGUCAAAAGGAGGAAGAGUAAAAAGGAAACACAGGCCGGCUGAAGCAGUUUAACUUGAGCUCCCAUUGGGACUUUUGCCAAUUUGAUGGAUUGAAGAUGAUUGAGCUGUGAGCUCAUAUGGGCUGGUGUUGAGGUCAGCGGAUGUGCUGUGGGCUGAGCUUGAGUUCGUUGACAGGUUUUUUUUUAACAUUAUUUUUGUUUCAUUUAUUCUCAUUUUGGUUUUGUUAAGCCCAUUUUGUAUUCUAUCUCUCUAUAUAUAUGAUUGAAAACUCAAUAAAACCAUCUAUAGCUCAUUUUUUUCUUUUUAUGAAUGUUGAAGUUUAAGUCAAACUGGCUGCAGAGGAUCUAAGAGACUAGAAGGCUUAAGAAAAACAUAAUUGGUCACAUAGGCUGCUCCCCAACCCGUUGACAGUCUUGUACACAAGUAAAAGAUCAUGAUGAUCAUAAGCAGAUAUUUAGCCCAAGUCCGUGCCUCUUAUCCCAGCAGAACCUGAUCCACAAAUGGGUCAUGAUGCCAGAAACCACAGAAUGCACAGGAAAUAAGCAAAACCUUGACUUGAUCUGAUUUUAUUUUUACACCGUUCACAGCUGGUGCAGAUGAGCCAGAGAAUCCUCUGAAGGCUGUUCUGGAUGGUGCAUCUGAAGCUGCUCUGGAGCAUCUGAAGAUCGGAAAUGUUUUCACCUUCAGAGUGACUGUCCUCCAGGCGUCCAGCAUCUCUGCAGAAUAUGCAGACAUCUUCUGCCAGUUCAAGUGAGCUAAUUUUUCAGAACAAUGUGCGCUGAAUUAUGGCCCUUUUACAAUUCAACAUGCUAAUAUUUUAUAAUUUGGUUUGAUUCCAGUUUCAUCCAUCGGCAUGAUGAGGCCUUCUCCACUGAGCCUCUAAAAAACACAGGCAGGGGUCCUCCUCUUGGCUUCUACCAUGUGCAGAAUGUAAGAAGUAUCAGAUGAGCGCACAUAUAGAUAAAUUAAGGCAUGUUUAAGCUAACUAACUUAUUUCACUGACACUGUUUUGUUUAUAUAGAUUGCUGUGGAAGUUACAAAAUCCUUUGUGGACUACAUUAAGACUCAGCCCAUAGUGUUUGAGGUGUUUGGACACUAUCAGAGGCAGCCCUUCCUUCCACUUUGCAAAGAUGUCCUCAGGUACCUCGCUAUGAAACCUUUUGAUCAAGACAAUUUUAUGCACCGAAGCAAUAAUUUAUAAAGUUUUGUUAAACGCUCCCCCCCCCCCCCCCACUAACAGCCCACUUCGCCCCUGCAGAAGACAGUUCCCAAGAGUGAUGCCUCUAUCCAAACCAGGUAACACACUGUUUGAUUGAUUUCUGCCAAUUUGUUUAUGUUUUUUGUCUGUGUCAAAAACUGGACUUGUCUGCGAGUCACGUCAUCUCAGCUUCAUGUUGUUGGGUGUGAGCAGUUGACUCUGACGCCUCGCCGGAGCGGGAGAAAUCUCUGGAGCUGAUCCGAUACCUGGUCCCAGACGUGUUCAAUGGAGCAUUGGUGGACUCGUUGUCAGACCACGCUCUGUCUGCUGCUGGCUUGGCUGCUUCCUUUCUACUGGAAGUAAACGAGCGAGCUCAGCUGACAGCUCCGCCCACCUCUAUCUGUUCAGUUAUUAAAGCUCAGAAGCCGGGUUGGUUAUUGGUGUCAGAUCCAACAGAAUCCUGUGACUAAAAGCCUUUUUAUAUCAAGUGUUUAUCUUGAUACGCCUUCAGAAAAAUAUUGUAAAUGUCUUUUAAGUGGAAAUUCAAAUAAGCAGGAAUUUUCUUUUAUUAAAUGAGGCUUUUGAGGUCCUUCAAUCUGUUGUUCUGCAGAUGGAUAAAGUGACCCUAAAACGAGAGCAGUAUCUCUGCUUUAGUUAUUUUUUAAGAAACUGACCAUCAACUUUUGAACCAAGCGUAACAAACUGAUAUAAAAUGGAGUUUCUUGGUGUCAGGAUUCAGUUGGAUUGGCCCUCUGGUGUAGUGUGUGUUUUCUUUUGACCUGCGUGGUGGAUUAUCCUUUUAGUUCCCUCUUUGAGCUCUUUUGGAAUGGGAUUACAGAGGAUUUAUAUGCUAACUUUAAUGUGCAUUUAUAACUAUUAUGGAUAUGAAAAUACUUAGACGAUCCCCAGUGGUAAAAAUUGAAGAAAAAGAGCAACAAAAAAGGAAGAAAUAAACAAAAAAUGAACUAAAAUAAGAAGUAAGACUGAAUAAGAUGGCACUUGAAAUUUAAAAUGAAUCAUGUUUGAAACAAUGCUUACUAUGCAUAAAUAUAAACACGCAGGGCUGUACAAACAUCAAAUAUAAUAUGACUCCUACUUUUGAAUUAAAAGCUGGGGUGCCUUAAACUUGUAUUUUCUCCUUAGACCAGUAGAGGGAGACUCUGAAUCAGUGUGAGACUUUGUCAUGCCAGCUCUUAUUUUUUCAGUUUCUUUAAAGUAAAUAAGUGGAGUCAUAUAGCUUUGGAUUCCUGCAAAAAUUACACUGUCCUUCAGUUUCUGCAUCCGUGUGUUGAUCGCAUUGCAAGUUCCCAUCCCCUGCCAUGUUUAGAGGUCUUGCCAUUGACUGUCUAUUUAAUUUUAGCACAAUUCUCACUUGAUAUAUUUUUCAGGAGACUUUCUCCCCUGUUAGUUAUCAACCUCAGACCUGUUCCAUAGAGCAUGAUGCUUAUUUGGAAAAUGUAGUCCCAUAACUGUAUACUUGAUAGUACAUCCCAUUUAAAAAUAAUAUCUGCAGCUGAGAAGCACCUACCUGUAGAGCCUGUCCACUUGAAUAGAGGCAACAAUACACAUCCACCUUGUCGUGAGAUGUUAACAUGUGGCCGAUCUGAAACCUUAAAUGUUCACAAUUGAAGUCCAUACUAAGAUCUUCAAAUAACUACAAAAUGUAGGACUUUGUGUGUUGAAACUGUCAUUCAUAAACCAAAUACCAACACCCUUAUGGCCCCAGACUCAACCAAAUUGAAUUGAGCUGUUGGCCUUGUUAUCACUUUUCAUGAACUCUCUUAUUUACUCUGAACUCUUUUUUGCAGAGUACUAUAAAUGAACAAGGUGUACUAACCCUGCUCAGACCAGAUUAAAAACGGUUAUGACCAACAGUCUUAGUGGCAUUAAAGAAGAUUACUGCUCAAGAUGCACAUUUAUGUCCUUAUGCACAGAUUCUCCAAUCUCUCACGUUAUAGAAGAAUUAAAUAGCAUAACAUUUCUGGAUUAAAAUUAUCUGAGUGCUCCUUUUGGGAGAGACUUCUGAGUAGCUCACAAUUCUGCUGAAAGAAAGGAGCUCUGAAGUGGUUCCUUUCUUUCCCCUGCAUCACUGAUUUCCUGUCUUUAGCCCUUUCUCUUUCCUGUGUAGGUUAGAGCUGCUCCCUGCUGUUAGAGACUAGUCUUCCUCCUCCAGUCUCUUUUCUGUCUGACUUACUCUGUGUCCUUUUUCUGCACAGUACCUGCCACCAAGCUGACAGCUAUGACCCGCCCGCAGGCUGGACCAUGCCACUGCAAAUACGAUCUCAUGGUGUUCUUUGAGAUCUGUGAGCUGGAGGCCAACGGAGAGUGAGUAUCCUGGGUCACUCCCUGUUUAACAUCCAGAGACGAUUUGGCAGAUAUAUCAGUCAGAAAAAAAUGUUGAGGAUACAAUGAUUACUUGUAAAAAAUCUGUACCUGUGUCUUUACAGCUACAUCCCUGCAGUGGUUGACCACAGAGGAGGAAUGCCAUGCCAUGGCACAUUUUUAUUGCACCAGGUUUGUCAUCCACACUCUUAGCAGGGGGGGUGGGGGUUAUUAAAAUCAAAGCUAUUUACAAAAGGCAGAGUGUUUAAGAAAUGAGAAAUAAGCUCAGUAAAAGUAUAAAGAGUAGGAAGAGUACACAAAAACCAGUUAGUAGAGUAGGAUAUUUCACAGAGUAUUGUACAGUCUAACAAAGUAUUGCACAGUUAAACAUAAUAUUGCAUAGUGUAGCUCCAUAAACAACGUUAUCAGUAUUUCAUUUUUUCAUUUUUUUUUACCAUUUUACAAAGUUUACCAAGUUUUACCAUUUUACAAAAAAGAUUGCACAGUUGAAUGUAAUUAUUUUAGUGGAGAUGUUUACGGCUACUACAUGAAAAUAAGUCUAGGGACAGUCUGAGUGUGUGACACUCAGAGGGAGGAGUUAUGAAGUUUGAUGGUCUCAGGUAAGAAUGACUUCCUGUGACACUGUGGAGUAUUUAGGCAGAGUGAGUCGACUACUUAACAUACUCCUGUGUUUAACUAGCACAUUAUGGAGUUGGUGGUGGAUGUUGUCCAAGAUUACAUGUAGCUUUGACCACAUCCUCCUCUCUGUCACCACCAUCAGAAAGUCCGGCUCUAUCCCCACAAUGACUUUCUGAAAAGAUUAAACAUGGGAACGAUAUCAUCUACAUCAGCUGAUUUAUUGGUUAUAUGACCAACGAUUCGGAGGGAUAAAGUUUUAAAUAUAUGAAAAAUGGUUAUCGUUAAUAUAAAUGUAUGAAUAAUAACAGCUCUAAUAAGGUCGGUUUUUGUGUCUUAUAACAAUGCCCGCCUCCAAAAUUAAUUGCACAUUUUUGAUACCAGCAAAUGUCAUGUUGAUGUCUAACAAAGUAGUCCUGUCUGGAAGCAGACUUACGAUUAAUAACAUCAUACGUUUAAUUAGAUCACUAAUUAAAGAUCUGCUGACUUGUUAGUUUUGACCAUUCAAAGCCAAACUAGUUCAAAGUAUUGACACUACAGGGCUUCUGCAUUUGUAACCCCCAAACUCUUAAUAAGUUGCCUUUCCUUUUGUGUUUGUGAAAAACCUCAUUUGAGUGCUUGUCAGACUCCACCUGAAGAGGUUUGUUUUGGCUGCUUUUCCUCUUAUUAUAAAGUUAGACACAGCUUGUGAGUGUUACAUUUCCCACAGCUUUGUUGUCACAAAACAAUCUAAAAGGUAUGCCUCUACAGGAAACAUCUGAAGCCAGCUGUUAGCGCUCACUUAACUCCCCGUUUGGCCACGUUAGCAUGCAAUUGUUUCAUUAGCUGCUGUAAUAUUAUGAACGCUUGUGGUUCUGAGCCUUCAUACAAGGUCUUUUAAGAUGAGAAGCCCAGGCUUUCAGUAACAGUUGAGAUGCAAAUCCAGUGUAAACAGGACUCUAUUUAAAAAGGAGUAUUCAGUGAAGUGGCAAAGACAAACAGCUGUUGUUGUCCUGAAAAGAUAAAAACUUGUGUUUUCUGGGACGAGAAACCACAUUUCACAUUUAUGAGCAACUUUCUGAAACACACUGAAUCAUCAGAGUGCAGAGAAGAGGAAAAAGCUGAGCAGAGAUUUACCAUCUCACCAUCUUAUUUUCUAUCCUCAGGGUCUGCAGAGGAGAAUCACAGUCACCAUUGUCCAUGAGUCAGGAGGGGACAUGGAGUGGAGGGACAUCCGAGAGCUGGUUGUGGGUAAGUUUGACUUUCUUAUUCAGAAGACCUGAAUUGAACAUGGAACGUACCGUUUACCUGAGCUGUUUUAAUUGAUGUACUUAUCGUUCAUGCAGGACGUCUGAGAAACACCCCUGAAUCAGAUGAGACCAUCAUUGACCCCAAUAUUCUCUCUCUCAACAUCCUGUCUGCUGGGUAUGUCAGGCCCAUGCAGGAUGACCGGUAUGUAUCGAUGCUGACAUUUGAUGGACAGGCAGUUCUUUGAAACAAGGACAUAGUUACAGCAGGUUUCCGUAGAUUUGAUCUCUGUGGUGUUUGACAUCAAUUGCUAAAUAACUCUGUAGGGUUGAAGAAAUGCUCUGAUGUUGGAUUCACAUAUUUGUAGACCUCAGCUGCUACACUGGAACAAAGCACAGUGGCAAAUGCAUGACUUUUUUAACAGCUGCACAUGUUCAGAAAAGCAACAUGCUGAAACUGGUAUAACACACCUUAUAGAGAGGGGUACUUAUGUUUUUGAAUCUAUUGAUAUGAUUGUGCAAACAUCACUUCUUCUGUUUAAGCAAAGCGUGUAAUAUUUAAGCUGACUGUGAGGGAAGGAGAUGAUUUUAGUUCCGUUAUGAGAAGUUACAGAAUGAAUUCACCUGCCUAUGCUGGCUGUGCGACCCUCCUUGGUGUGUUAAUCUGUGCUUUUUGUUCUUUGACUGUCAUCAUUACAUCCACAUGUUGCAUCCCACCUUGUUUAUCACCUCACCCCCUAACCUGUUAAGUACACUGACCCAACACUGAUCUGCUUAUAGAUUAGGUAAUCCACAUUUAACCAAGUUACUUCAUUAUGAUGUAUUUGACUCCAGAGCGGAAAAUACUACAUGAGUUCAAACUGUAGCUCUCUAACAUAAAUGCAUGAUUUUUACUUUCUUACAACAUGUAUCACUUCAAAUGAAGUCACUUAUAAACAUUAACAUUUAGAGUCAAUACAUCUGUCACAUUUAGAGCAUAAAACAUUUCACCCUCACCCUAUAGAAUCGUUUGAAUAACCCUUAAUAUCUUAAAGCACUGUGGGGAGAUUUUGAGUGGCUUUGAAAUUCUAUUGCUCUUCUGCUGAUGCCGUAGUAGAAUUAAGAUUUUCAGACAUAAGAUUGGUUAUUUAUUUAACAAAGUGUCAAUAUUUAGCACUCACCUGAAAGUCUUGAUGUUUGCAUUAACAGUUUUUGAAGUUUGGUUGGUCUUACAGUACAGAUAAUAACUGUAGGUAACAUCAGAUCAUUACAUUACCUCAUCACUUUGCAUCCUGCAUUUAGUUGCUUUAACAAAUAAAUCUUGCAUUAAAAGAGGAUUCGCAUUCCAAUUUUUAGCUUUCACAAAUCAACAAUUUGGCUUGAGCCAUGGCUUUACCACAGUAGGUGACAUUGCUCAUGGGAAACAUAGUUUUUCAGAAUCAGCACAGCAUGAAAACUCCUCACAGUGUCUUUAAGAGUCACAGACUUCAGACAAGAAUGUAAAUCUUUGAAUAAUUGUGUUAAUGAUGUUUCAUUUAAACCCUGAAAAUGUGCUUUUGGUUGAUUUUGUGUUAAAGACAAGUUGAGCUUGAAUUAAAUUCACAACCACAGGAUAAGAAACACACCCAUGAGGUUGCAAAUAUAAAAAUUCACCACAGUGCAAAGGAUUAGAGGACCAUGUGACAACCUCUGGGGGAGUAGUGGUAAGAAUUUUUGAAAAGAAGGAGCAUAAGCAUUGCUAAAAUUUGGAUGUUAAAUGUUCAGUGUAGUAUUACAGCCAGCCAGUAGAGUGCAGCAGACACCUGGCAUCUACAUAGGAAUUUGUGGUUUGGCUUUUUACUGAAUUAUAUGUUACGAAGAUAAGAUGUUUAUCCAAGAAACAUGAGGAUAACUGUUCGUAAAAAUACAUUGUUUAUUCUUCAUGAGUUUAUUAUUUUGGCUGGAGAUCACACACACUUAAUGACUUCUCUGUACAGUAGCACAAAUACUCUGUAGCUGAAGGGUACUAUAGUUGUUUACAAUAUAUUUAAAAUGUAUCAUAAGAUAAUUACGUACUGAUUUUCUGUUAUUGUCUUGAACAAAAUUGUCAUGUAAUGACUGUGUUAUUUACCAAUAUGUGAUGCAUUUUCUGCCAUUUCUCUUCAGAUUUUUGUAGCCGGCUGUUUUGGGCUUGUUGCUUUAACCCCUUUGCUUUCCCGACCCCUCUCCAAAAAGCUUAACUAUAACAGCAAAACCCUAACCUGGACCUGAGUUUAAUGAAUCUAACCUAAAGCAACUAAACGCUCCACGCAAAACUGUCCAGAAGCCCUGAUUGAACAGCCUCUCUUUGACUGCUGUGCUGCACCCGUAGACUUUACACUCUAUGGGUGCACCUCAUUGGUUUCAGCCCUCACUGUUUGUCUCGCUGUGGCCCACAUGGCCAAAACCUUGGUUUGAGGUCCCAGCACAGUGUCAGGUUGUGGUUUAGUUUGGCUUCUGCUCAGUCUUGUGGAAACUAACAACAGAGUAAAUAUGGAUGCUAACAUUGUUCUCCUCCCUGUCCACUAACUGAAUGUUGUUUUUUUACUUUUGCAGACAGUUUCUUGAUUCGGACAUGCCUAGGUAUAUUAUUUUGCCUCUCUCCUCAUGCUCCUAAGUUACACAGAAACACGUCUUAUCUUUCUAACAUCCUCCACACCCAUUCUUCUUUUCUGUUAGCGUCAUUGAUUUAGUUCUACUUCUCUUCCACUCUGUCAUCCCUGUCAGCAAUUCAUCUGUGCCUCUUUGUUUUCCUCCCCCACAUGAGAAGUGAGGGAUGUGGUUCUGCAUGACCCUGGUUCUCUUGCUGCUCUGGGUGUGUGUUUGAGCUGUUAUCAGGCUGCUGUUUUUGAUGGACAGGGUCCUGCAUGGCUCGCUUGGCUGCACAUGGAUUGUCCUUGACUGUGUCUCUGCUGGAGGUGUCGUGGGGCCAGUAUCACCCUCUUUGUUUCCACUUUAACAGUUGCUACAGGAACUAUUUUGAAGGCUGGAAAAAAAGCAUACCAUAUUUUUUUCAGUUUUGUCUUUUGGACUGAAACAUGAAAUCUAUAAAUCUUUGAGGACAUUUUGCAAAAAUGUCUUUUUUUUUCUUUUUUUCUGCUCUUCAUAUUGCUUAACGAGGUAGCAAAACAUGUUUGAAGUUGAUGUGGUUUAUAGUUGUUGAAUCAAACCAUCAGUUUAAGAACUGCUGACCAGGAGAGUGUCAUUGUCAGUCAAUAAUAAAACAAGAUUAACACGAGACAGUAAAGGCAAAGGAACUGAUAGUGUUCUUUGUAAAUGUAAUUACAAGAAAAAGCAGAAAAACUUUCAUUUAAACAUAUACAUUUUUUUUUUCAUUUAUGGGGGACACAUUUGUUGAACCAGAUUAAGCUAAGUCAAAUAUUUUGUCCUUAUAAAUGAAAUGAUGCAUCCAGUGAGAAAAGAUGGUUAUUGAACAUUCAAACCUUAGUCUAAAUAAAAAAAAGGUCCAAAAGUUUAAAUCUGAUUAAAAAAGCAACUAAGUUAGCAAUAAUUAAACAACUAAAAAGGAACUAACAAGCUAAAGAAAUGAGCAAAGUCCCUGUAAGGUAUCACCCCAAUCUUUAAAAUCGGACAUUUUACCGACCAAACACACAUGCACACACACACACACACACACACACACACACACACACACACACACACACACACACACACACACACACACACACACACACACACACACACACACACACACAAUGUAAAGCUUAAUGCAAUACAAGACUGUCAAACAUAUUUAUGUCUAAAAGGAGGGGGCAAGAUGUACGUACUUAUUCAGUCCCAACCUUCUCACAGUUAAGUCAUUAUCCAUCUUCCAUAAAUAGGCAAAGUUGAACUAUCCUUAGUUUUGUAAACUCAGUUGUCAUCUUUUUUUCCUGAAAAAUAUAAAUUUAAUCCUGGUUUUUUAGUUAUUUUCCUUAUUAAGAAUUUAUUUUGUUUAAUCCAAAAAAGGUGUUCAGAUUCCUUUUUGUUAUGGUUAAUAACCAAACUAUUCAAUUUUAACUUAAUAACUGUAAAAUAUUGCGAUUUGGAGCUUUGAAACUAACAUAGCAGCACCUGGUGGUGUUUAUCACAUACAGCAGCCCUCUGUCUGCUCUGAGCUCCACCACACCUUGCUGAUAGUAAUAUUGCAUAUUUGGUUAUUAUUGCGUAUUUAGUUUACAUGAGAGGAAUACUGCAUAUACUAAAUAUGGACACUGAUGCAGCAAAGUGCUGCAAAUUCACAUUGCCCCCCAGACUUGGUGUUUCAUGCUUUUGGCAUUUUUUGAGGUCAGACAUUUAUGUGUCUGUUUUUUGUACGUGUAUGAGCACAGAGCUCAUGUCUUUAAGCUCCAUGGCUGAUAUUUGAGUGACAGAUGAUAGUGAGAUGUAUUAAAGUCCAUGUUAGAAACUGAUAUUCACUAAAGUGGAUGGUUAAUGUUACUAAGAGCUUACACAGUAGAAGAUGUCAAACUGAAUGGAACCAAGCUCCAGACAUCAGCAGCCCUGUAUCACGUACAAGGACUAGCAGUGCGAUUGAAACCGUAUUUAUUCACUAGAGUAAUAAAAGCUUCACACGCCCAUCUCUACCAAACACUCAGUAUUUUGUCACAGGGUUGCAGUGAAACAAUAUUUUGAAUCCAUGGAUAUGAUUUUGUUUGUUACCCCGGAUCUCAAGUGGCAGAGAGCACUUCCCAUCACAGCCACAGAAUAUUAACAGGAACAUGAUUACACAAGCGCUGUAAUAUGGAUCUCAUAUACAGUACCCGCUCUGGCACGCUUUUCAAAUGCAGCUAUUAAAAUGUAAUCCAGUGAACCAUUACCUCAGCAGUAGCACUUUGCCCAAAAUUGCUGCAAUGUUGUGAAUAUUUUUUAAAUCUCACUUAUACCCCUGAUGAAACUCUGCCAAACACCAGAAACAGACGGCUCCUCACAUGUCAGGCCAGCAGCAUGACUUCAAUCCUGGCUGUGGCACUUUUAGGAGGUAGUAAAACACAGAGGAGCACAUGUUUGUGCAGGGCAAAGAGGAAAUUGCUUCCUUGUAGUGGAAGCAAACAGUUUUUCUACAGCAGGGAGGGAGGUGUGAGAGUGUGUGGUAGUUACAAUUUUACAAUUUAGCAAACGCUUUUAACCAAAGCGACAUACAUUCAAGAACAAGAAAAACACAAGCAAAGAUCUAGAUGAGAAGAAACCAGAUCAGUAAGAGCCACAAAGUGCUUCAAGUCCAUUUGGACACAGGUACUGCCGAGCAGUGUUAGAGGCAAUGUGCAACAGUGUAUAAAGGAUUUUUUAUUUUUAUGAUGAACAUCAACAAUGAAACAACCAAUCAUCAAUAUGAGAACUUCCAUCAGGUGAACAGGCGCAGUUUUGGUUACUGCAUUAUAAGCAAUGAUGAGAGUUUUGGAUUUGAUGCGAGCUGCAACUAGAAGCCAGUGUAGGAAGAUGAACAGAGGAGUGGCGUGAGCUGUCUUUGGCUGGUUGAAGACCAGACGUGCUGCUGCAUUCUGGAUCAUUUGCAGAGGUUUAACUGUCCAAGCAGGGAGGCCUGCCAGUAAGGAUUUGCAGUAGCCAACGUGGGAUACUACAAGAACCUGUACCAGGAGCUGUGUUGCAUGCUCUUUCAGGCCUGAUUUUGGGCAGACUUAGUAGGCAUGAGUUUUUUUGAUCCAGACUGGAUAUUGAUUUGUGGGUCCGCAGUGAGACUGGCUGAGAUGAUAAUAAGCUCAGUCUCAAAGUUCAGGUUGAGCUGUCGGUGGCGUUCCCUCAUUCAUCUAUCUAGAAAUAUCAGUGAUGCAGAAUGAGCUGAGACAUUUGUGUGGUGGCAUGGAAAGGAAAAGCUGUGUGUCAUCUGCAUAGCAGUAAAAACCCAUGGAAGCAAAUCAUUGCGCCAAGUAAUGUGGUGUAUAUUCAGAAAAGGAGGGGACGAAGCACCGGCCCUUGAGGAACCCCUGUUGAUAAGCCAUGCAGACUGGACACUCCUCCCCUCCAUGAUACUCUAAAAGUUCUCCCUGUGAGGUAGGACUUGAACCACUGUAGGCCAGACCCGGAGAUACCAAGUGAGGAGAGUGUGGAGAGGAGGAUUUGGUGGUUUACUGUGUCAAAGGCAGCAGACAGAUCCAGCAGCAAGAGAACUGAGAAAUGACCAUGGUCUGUUUUGUAACCAGGAGCUGUAAUGCCCAUAAUUGGAUUUCAUAAUUUGAAUUUAUAAUUGGCUAUGAAAUGGACUGGAAUUAACAGUCAUGCCUAUUUAUGACCCAAAAAAAGCAAACAUAGACUAACCUCAGCAACAUUAAUACCUGCCAAAGCAGGAACUUCAUCCUUGCCAUUGAUUAUCGAAACUGUUAAUCACAGAAGGAGCUGCAAAGAUAGUCAAGAUACAGGAUCUUUAAUUUAAGUUAAUUAAAGGUAUAACAAAGGUUGUAUUUCUUCUUGAAAAUUUUGACCUUUUUGAAAUGUAGCAUAGAUGGAGAAGUUACACUGAGUCAGCUGAAGCUGUCUGUUGGGCGGUCAACUCUCUUGGUUUUUGGACUAGUUGAUCUCCUAAUGGCAGAGUUUUCUUACUGAGACAACAGUGAAAAUAAAAAAGACAAACAGCAUCCCAGCAACACAAGUGUAUAACCACAAAACUCUUACUGACUCUCACUUUCUGUUCCUUUGAUGGUUUCCUCUUUUCUCACAGCAUUUCUCAGGGACUUGACCAUAGGUAUUUCACUGUCCUAUCCCUCAUUUCCCUUGGCUCUCAUCAGCCUCUGCCUCAUCCUCUCCUUGUUUAUCUCUACCAAAAGUCAUCUCAGCACUUCUGUGGUGUUGUGUACAAAUAAACACAUCAACACAGUCGUUCUGUUGCAUGCAUAAUGACAUUAUGGUCACUUCUUGUUCAGAAAUACCCAUACACUUUCUGCAGUGUUAAAGCCCUGUAUGAGACCAGCUGUAAAAUGAUUUAUGACCUCUUUUCAUCAAUCAUUUUCCAAAUUUUGCCCCAGUGACUCAAAAGUACAGAAAUAUUUUUAAUUUUCCCCAGUAGACUGCUCAUGCCAGCGGCUGUGAAGCUGGUUGUAAUGUCGGCAGUGUCAUCUUUCUAGCAAUUGUGCACACUGAAAAUAUUCCUUUUUGGCACUGACAGGCUUAUAUAGUAAUCACAGGUGAUUCAUAACAUGUCAUUAACAACAGCUAGAAAACAGACUUUUUCUACUGGCUAAACUUCAAAAAGUUUGUGUCCGGGCUGCCUUCAAAUGUUUAGUCAACUUAAAUUGAUUUGAUCUAAUAAAAAUAAUAUGUAUUGAUCUGAAAAGACUUUUCAUGUUGUGUUACUUAGCUUGUAUGUACAAUUCAGUUGUUCCUCCUGCACAGUGUUUACUUUUUAUUCAUGAUCAAACUAAGUGACCUUUCAGUCAUCUUAGCUAUCAUAAAAAAAAACAUGAAGGUAGCAUCUUUAUAUUAUACCAUCAUAACUGUGAAUUCAUAUUCAAUCAAUUUUAGCGCAAGGUGUGUCCUUUUACUUCCAGAGACACAUCAGGUUGAGCUAUCACAAAGAAAAGCAAUAGCAAAGCAUUGCCCUUGUAGUUCAGGGGAAAAAUAAUAAAUUUCUCAUUAGGAGUUUCUAAAGACAAAAAGGAAGGCAUCAUUUCUAAACAAAACAAAAGCCUAUAACCCUGUUACUUUUCAUAAUGUUGUUGUGUAGUUUUGAUACCAAUCUCAGCCUAAAUACUGAUGGUCCUACUUCUAUCAGCUGACUUUGCCCUCACAUCUUAUAUUUCACCCUUCACAGCCUCAGAUUUAUGCAAUCUACUGGACAAAUGACCUUUUUUGUUACUAUAAGAGAGGCCCACCUUUUAGAAACACAAAAUCUCAUUUAACAUCUCUGAUAGUUUGAUAGCUCAAAGAAAAGCUGAUUGGUAGUGGAUUGGCAGUAUCAAAAUGACUGCUCAUUUGUUGUUAGGGUAUAAAGAGUUUAACUGUGGUGCUGAUUAUUCUCUUGGUUUCUUCUCACUUGGAUAACUUCAGGACUUUCUACCGCUUUGAGGCUGCUUGGGACAGCUCCAUGCACAAUUCCCUGCUAUUAAACCGAGUCACUCCAUACGGGGAGAAGAUCUACCUGACCCUCUCUGCCUACUUGGAGGUACAGUAGAUUGCCGUAAUUCGUGUGAGGCAGAAAGAGCUCUGACUGUAUGAGAGGUGAUGUGUGAAUUAUGUCAGAGAAUCAUUGUGAAAACCUUCCAAUUUUUGUGAAUUUCAGAUGGAGAACUGCACUCAGCCUGCAGUCAUAACCAAAGAUAUCUGCAUGGUGUUUUACUCUCGAGACACAAAGCUCUCAGCCUCACGCUCCAUCCGCAACCUCUUUGGCACUGGAACACUCAGAGCAGCAGAUGGGUGAGUUCAAAAUGAUACCCUUUAAAGACAUCAUUAAGUCUGUGUGUUGUCUUUGUUGAUUAAUGCUUUUUCCUUUCUUCCUUUUCUUAGAAACCGAGUGACUGGAGUUUAUGAGGUUAGCCUAUGUAACCUGGCAGAUGCUGGGAGCCCAGGUGAGAAUCAGGACAAAGAGAAUCAGGGCCUCAGUGUUGAACUCAUUCCAACACUCCAACAUGUGUAAUCUGGAUCUUGUAUUUUGCCUUCCCAGGUAUGCAGAGGAGACGCAGGCGGGUGCUGGACACCUCAGUUGCCUAUGUUCGUGGGGAGGAGAACCUGGCAGGGUGGAGGCCCAGGAGUGAUAGCCUCAUCCUGGACCACCAGUGGGAGCUGGAGAAACUAAGCCUCCUACAAGAUGUGAGCCACCCUUUGUGUGCAGAGCUACCUUUGAUAGCACCAGAAGCCUUGGGCAACUGACUGUCAUGUAUUUAACCAUACACUGACACAGUUGACAUUUGGCUUAUAAUAUUUACUGUCUCAAAGCACCUGGAUUAAUAGCAGUUUGACCACUGAAGGUUACUUGGAUUCAGGCCUUGAUUAAGAACUAAUGUGAUAGACACAAAAACACAUUUUUUACAUACUAAGUAUCUGCUGACUAUAGUAUGUUUACAAAAGGAGUUUCAACAGUGUGUAAAAUCUUUCACCCUUAAUGUGUCUUGGCAUGCUGUGAAAUCUUUCCUCCCUUCACUUUAGUGUUAUAUAACUGAGAUAAGAAAACUGGUGAACCAGUGAAAGAGCAGUGUGGGGUAGAGGCUGAUUGAUGUGCGUGGGGAAAGAGGGCCGACUACUGGAAGGACUCAUGCUGAGUCUGAUAGAAAAAUGUCAGAGAAGCAUCUUUUCUUGGAUAUGGGACUGCAUAGCUACAAAGCAGUAAGGUCCAUCAAGCAGAGCCCUGUAGCAUUUGAGGUGAGAAUAACACAGGACCUAGCAUUGACCCCUGGAGGACUCCAUCAUUCAGAGGAGUAGCAAUAGGCAGUUUGUCAGUAAUGGCAAGUUAGAGCAAUGUUUUUCAUAGCAUCUUUCCUCAAAGUCAGUUUGUAUUGUCUGUGUUGGUGACUAUGGUACAUAAUUUUCUUUUCUCUCAGGUGGAGAAAACCAAACAUUACCUCCUGCUGAGGGAGAAACUGGAGUCGACACUGCUCAUGGGACAGGAUGCCCUGUUGACUUGUGUCACUGAGGAGCUGAGCGAGUCUCCUCAACCUCCUGAGGUCGACCAGGAGAUCAGCUCUGGGACUGAAAUCACCACGGAGAGGCAGAGGGAGCUUGCUGCUAAGGUUGGCCAUCAUUACUGGAUAAAUUCUUCAAUUGACUGGAUUGAAUUUUUCCAGUUAUUCUUGUUCUGUGUCUCUGGAAUUUCAAGUAUACAUGUUUAUAUUUUCAAAUGACUCAUCUGGAAAAACUACACCGGUGUCCUCUUUUGCAGUGCUUGCGGCUGCUCAUGCACUCUUUCAACCGAGAAUACAGCCACGUGUGUGUCAGUGCGAGUGAAAGCAAGGUAGAGCUCAAACACAUGAGAACAAUCAGAUAAAUGUCUGAUGCUUCUUUAUAAUCUAUUAAAUUCAUGUUUGUGUUUGUUUAUACAGAUCUCUGAGAUGUCAGUUACAACGCUAAGAGACUCCACCUCAGUCUCUGAUCUAAACACAAUCAUUCCCUCAACAACAUGCCCGUCACUUGUUGAUGGUUGCUACAGUAAUGCUGAGCUCAGGUCAGUCCUAAAAUGCAUGUGUGUGCUUGUCCUCAUGUCUUCUUUUGUAAUUGGACACAGAUAUGUCUCUAGCCUACAUUCAUUUUGUAACAUAGAUUUUUAAAGUGCUGUUAGAAUAAAGAUUUACUUACUUAACUUACUCCUAAACAACCAGCAGUGGCCUCAGUAAGAGUAGAUUGUACAGAAGUCUAUGAGGAAAUACCCAGCUUCUUAACUGGUUCAUACCAAAGUAAACAUAUCAUAUUUUUGUUGUCAGUUUCUUGUUUCAAUUCAUUUUAGCACAACAUGAUCCUGGUCCUUUUUAAAGUAGGCAGGUUAAUCUUAUGAGCACAGCUACCUCAUAUAUAAUGAUAUUUAAAAUAAGAUAAGAUGUUUCUUGAAUAGUCCCACAAGGGGAAAUUCCUCGUGGGAAAUUUAGCCAAACUUGUUCAUGUUAAGUGUCAUCUGGUUCCAACAGACCAAUAGGGUAAUGGCCAAAAUGCCAACCUCAACAAUGGUAUACAAAAAACAUUGCAUGACAUGUGUGACAUUGAUCCAUUUCUUGUUUGUAGACAUUGUGAACCUAUAUUCAUAUAAAGCCUGAACCUUCUUUUUCCUGCAUGGUAGUUAUAAAACACAAAACCCCAUGGAGAGUAAUAUGAAGUCAUGCAAAGUGAUUUGGCUGUAUAUGGUGCAGUGUUAAAGACCUCUGGUUUCUGUACCGCAGACCUCCAGCACCUCGCUCCCGUGCAGUUAGUCCCACCCCUGACAAACAGCAGGAUGCUGAGGCCAAGAAGCCCGCAGCCCCUGACGCCAAACCUCGAAUCCGCAGAUUUGUCCCAGAUAUUCAGGAGGUUAGAGUCAGGUGAGCUUGUCUCAGUAUCCUAAAAUAGAACAUUAUUUUUCUGUUGGAGCAGCAGAAUAACACAUGGUGAUGUCUUUUUCAGCCCCAUUGUGUCAAAGAAGGGUUAUAUACAUUUCUUGGAGCCACAUACAAAUGGAUGGGUGAAGCGCUAUGUGGUUGUGCGGCGGCCAUAUGUCUACAUUUACAACACAGAGAGAGACGCUGUGGAGCGGGCCAUCCUCAACCUCUCCUCUGCACAGGUGGAGUACAGUGAGGACCAGCAGGCAAUGCUGAAGGUAAGUGAUGAGUCAAACUCUUCGGAGAGCCCUCCUGCUCUUAGACCGGGUCUACACUAUACUUAUUCUGCAAGUGACUUAGAAGUUGGUCCAAAUUUCAUCUUGAUUGCCCUGCAGUGUACAAGAAUGAACAAGGGCCUAUCAGCUACCCCUGACUUGUUGGAUGAAUUUAUGACUUGUUAGAAAUUUUGAGUUGUGAUUGCAUAUUCUCACACUAAGAAAGCAGAGCUGAUUUCCCAACUUUGAUUGUGCCUGUACGAAAUGGUAGACAGCAUCUGGAGGUGCUAUGGCAACAUGCAGCAUGCUGUGGAGAAUGGAACACACAUAGUUUUACACCAAUCAGCGAUGACGUUUUGACCUCCUGUGCAAUGAAAUUCAACUCAAUGUGUAAGAUAAAUUGUACAGAGGUUCUGUUUUUCCAACUUUUUCUAACACAUCAGAAAGUCAUAUUCUCUGACUUCAACUUCCAUCUGUGGAGCUGUCAUAAAAGACUUCAUCCACAGCCGUCACGACUUUAGCCAGGUGCUAAAUUCUGUGUUAAUAUGUCAGUGUCAUUGUACUCUGAUUUAUACAGCUCUAACAUAUAUAUUUAAUCAGCAAACAAGCAUUUAUCAACUUUUUUUCCUUGUUAAAAUCUCAAAACUUUAAAGAGUCAUUUUUUUCUCCAUGUGUACUUCUUAUUUGUCACUGUGUAUCCUGUUAUUUCUACUCUGUCUUAGUAUUGUAUUAUUUACUUGCAUCAUGUAUCAGGCUUCAGUGGCUAAAUUUCCCCUGGACAUAAAUAAAAUAUUUCUGAAUCCAGCCUAAUAUUCAUCUUUUUUGGCUCUUUCAGACCCCAAACACAUUUGCUGUGUGUACAGAACACCGUGGAAUACUGCUGCAAGCCACAAAUGACAAAGAGAUGCAUGACUGGCUGUAUGCAUUCAAUCCUCUCCUCGCUGGAACGAUCAGGUAAAAAAAAACCCUUAGCAGGAGUGAUUAUCACUCAGCUGGAAAAAACUCAUGGAUAAAAACUACUUCUUCUUUUCUUCCUCUCAGGUCAAAGCUGUCAAGAAGACGAGCUGGACAGAUGAGGAUGUGAAACAAAGACUAAGAUGUACAUAGAUCCCUGUCCUCAUCUCUCCCCUUGUGCUGAGCCCUACCCCUCCAAACACAGUCACAAACAACCAUCCUCCCCCCUGUACGUCUUCGGUUUAUCACUAGUGUCCUCGGCACCUAAAGCGCCCAUUUCGUGUCAGACCUUUGCUGCGGUGUGAGUCUCGUAGUCUGAAGAACCUCUUCUGUCACUGUACUGUACUGGAGUUUAAUCAUAGCUGGAUGAACGAAGAAAAAAGAAGAAAGUAGCGACAGUUUCUUAACUCUGGUUACAAAAUGUGUGGUACUGUGCUGUAGUUGUUGUAAGUGACACAUCAAGCCUUAUACAUUUAUUCCUUGAAAAAAUGCAGUGACGUUUAUUUUUACCUAAAGCUGCCAGUGAGGAUCACACUGCUACAUUUGCAUCAGUAAAUAGACAACAAACAUGCAAAUUCUACUCUACUCUACAGCUCUAUAUACAGUGUCUGAACCGGUUUGCAUACAGCUAAAGAUACAUGCUCGUCGAUGAAAAAAAAUGACAGCUGAGUGUAACUCUCUCUUUUCUUUGUGGUCCAUGGAUCCUGACAUUGAGUAAUCUGCCUCUUAUUCCUGAAACUUCUUAGAAACUUUAGCACACACAGCCUGGCAAAGGGAAUGGCAUUAUCAUUAUAGACUUUCAUGUUCUUGUGGCAUUUUGAUCAUUUCAUGUAGUUUAGCUACUCGUAGGAGCACCAAGGGUAUCUACAGUCACACACAAUAGGUAAUCAAGUAUCAUCACCUUUAAUCCUGUCGAUUUAAUCUCAAUCUCUACCUGAAUUUUCCUUUAAAAUGUGAUAUAUUUAGAUAUUUAACAGCUUUUAUUAUUUAUUUCUGCAUGUAUUUAUUUACAAAGACAUUUAUAUUUCUAAAAAAGUAGUACCGUGCAAUUUCUGCACUCAGCACUUUUUAAUAUGAGUUCCAUAAAUAUCUGAAUAACACCACCUUGUUCCCUUUUAGCUGAUGCUUUUUAAAGAUCAAUGAAUGAUUUAUGAUUGGCUUCUUUCUUUGUUUUGAAGAUGACUUGAAUAAAACUAUCCCCUUUAGGAGUAGGAUAGUGAUACCUUACCAUACCCCGACUAGCGUAUAUUAUUAGGUAGAUUUACAAAGGUGGUGUGCACAAAGCCACCGUGUUAAGGGAUCAAAAGUAGAAAUCAGAAGAAGAAAAAGAAACUGGUUUUCUGAAUAAUGUAUAUUGAUUAAUGUAGUGCCUCUCUUUUCAGUCAUACUGUACAGUAUGCCUCUUGCUUUGAAACAACAUCCUUCAUGCUGCUAUCAUACUACUCUAGAAGUGUCUGCUAAUAACUUCUUAUCACCCUCCUGUUUUUAUCAUCAUCAUCAACAUAUUCAGACAAUAAAGGUGUGGUUCAUGUUCAAAUCUAAUACAGCAAUCAGGUAUGCUGUAAGCAAAAUUCAUAGCCUUUAUGUUGAAACAUCAAGGUACCUUACACCAACAUGGUUCAAGAUUGUCAGAAAGCAUAACGGGGAUAUCUGUUCAGUCUUGCUUUGAAUUGAAUUUGUUUGAAAGAGAAGGUGUCAAAGUUCAAGUUCAAAGGCUUCACACCAAAAAAAUGUUUAUUUGUCUACAGCAAUUCAACAGUGAGUCUUAACCAAGUGUUCCCGAAAAGAAGGGUUGAAGAAAGCUUUAAGAUGUUGUGUUUUAUCUGCAUGUUUGGAGAACAUGUAUGCCUCAGGUCAGCCAGCCUGGAGGUCGUGCUCCAAAAUCAAAAACAGGUGCAUGCGCAACAUCUCAAAGCAUUAAACUAUAAAAGAAAAUGUAAAAAUAUAUUUUUUCUUAUUUAUGCAAAUUUUAGGAGGGGACAAAAUUUGAACAGCAGCUCAGUAUGUCUGUAUUGACAUUGAUGCUGCAGCUGCAAGUAUUAUCUUUGUUUUUGGCACCUUACAGGAGUGGUACAGUCAAAAGGCAUACAGCAAAUCUGUGUACAGCUGGUGUUAGUCCUGUUAAACCAAAUAGGAACAAGUCUGUGUAACUGGUUGGAAUAAUCAAUAUCAUAAUUAAAGUCUGUCUCAUGCUUUCUUGGUAUAACUUGAGUUGUGUUUGAUCCAGCUAUAGCGUUAAAAUGGAAGGGAUUUCACGCUGUACUGUACAUGACACUGUCUUAGCACUCAUUUCAUUUCAAACCCAGUCUUAAAAUGUGAGACAGGAUCUUUGUGUUGAGAUUUUUCCUCUUAUUUUCUUUGGGAUUUUAAAUGUGUGUCACAUAAGAGCCGACCAAAGUUUUGUUGGCAUGGUCUUCAAAAAACAAAACACUGAAUGUACACUGAUAUUUGAAAAUACUUGUUCUGCUGAAGUGGUUGUGUUGACUUGUCCUCUGGUUUCACAGUGUGGUUCCUUAAUGAUUGUAGGUCACUGACUUUCAGGGAACCAAACAGAGCUUCAUGACUUUAUCUGUAGUAAUCUUCAAUAAAGGGGGUUGGUUCAUUGGCCCUACAUUGUGUCAAGCACAGAAUGAUACUGUAGGUAACAUCUCACAAACGUCACUUUCAUUUCACGACCUACCUUCACCAUUUUGCUCUGAAAGCCUUCACGAAAUGUACUUUUUCUAAUCCCUUUGAAGGAACUUCAUUUACAUUUGACAUUUUUGUGCUUCCAUUUCUAAUCUUUUUCUUUCUUCUUUUUCUGUUUUGUUGCACUAUCAAAUUGCACCGGUACAUUUUUUUUUUUCAGAUUAAUUUUGCAUUGUAUAUAAACAUGAUUGCUGUGAACUGUGUAUUAUAAAGUUGCACCCAUUUACAAAACCUGAAAUGGGCAGUAGUUCAGUCGGUGUCUCUGAGUGUUGGAGUUUAGCGUCAAUUGUUUGUGUACACUAAACACAUUGUCAUAUAAGAAAUAAACAUUGAGAUUAUGCAACACAAGCAAAUGGACUCCUCUCAUUUAUAGAGCC